AUGGAAACCAGGACGGUGAUGAAGCGAGAGCAGGAGGAGCAGUCGUCCCAGAUGUCUCACAGCAUGCAGCUGUCCUCCCAGAUCAAGAAGAAGACCUUCACUUCCAGGUGCGAAAGAACUCCUCUCACAUCAGUUUUGCAAGUUAAAAAGGAAUCGGUGGAUCUGUGAGAAUUUGUCAGUGUUCGUUAAGUAGAAGAACAAUGAAAUAAAAAAAUCUACUAACAGUAUUUCAGACAUAAAAAACAAAAGAUAUUUUACCAGAGAUGCACUUUUCCAAUCCAAUCCAAUACCGAUACCUGGGCUGAGGGUAUCGGCAGAUGUUCGAUACUUAUUUAAUACUACUCUUGAAUGAAUGAACUGUAUACCUUGCCCUGUGAGUUAAAGUAUCAGGCUUGAUAUAAGCCUUGUCAUCAGAUCGGUGCAUCCCUAUAAUUUACCAGUAAUUUACUAGACAUAGCAUUCACUAAAGAAUAAUCCAAGAUCCACUGUAGCCAAAUCCUAGAACACCAACCCCCUGUACACUUUUCUUGAAACACAUCCUUUGAUAUCCUCUUUCCAAAAUCCUGUCUUUGCUUUGCACAUGUACAGUCUACAAGUAAAGGCUGAGCCAAGACAACAUGGUGGUAGUUGCAUCUCGGUCACAUUGUGUGGUUAGCAGUGUUAUUGUUGCACGGACACUCUGCUGUUCCAGUCAACCAGUGAGUUGAAAGACAAAUAUGCACAGCCUCAAACAGAGCCGUGUGCAAACAGCUUGUGUUGCAACAAUCCUUUCGAGUCAUACUAAAGAGUUAACCAAAACAAAGCAGACAGUUAUUUUAGGUGACAGUCAGAGACAGCCGAACUACACAAUCUCAAUCUCUGUCUUUAAGGUUUGCUGGUGCCAUCAAUAGACAGUCCCAUGUGGCGUUUGAUGGUAAAUCUGCAGUGAUAUAGCAGUGAAAAUAUGAUUAUUUAUCAUAUUGUUGUAAAAAAAAAAAAAAGGUUGCAACCAAAGAUCAACAAGAGACAAGAAAGUUCCCUAUUUGUCUGCAAAAUAAGAAAUAAUGGUCCUCAAUGCUCGGAAACAAGCAAAGAAGAGAUUAUGAGCAGUAUGAUGUGACCCUCUGUCUCAUCCCAGACAGGAACUGCUUCAAGGAGUGGCAUAAACGACUGUAAAUAGCAAAAACCGUUGGAAGAAUUUGUGUUUAACUGUAAAUAGUUUCUGUUGUGUGUUACUUCCAAUCCCAAUAUUUCUUCUCCUGAUAGCAAAGACGUAACAGAAUGAUGUGCAGGUGAGAAAAGGCUUGGUCACUGUAGAUUUCUGUCUUUUUUUGUGCAAAGUACUGUUGGGAUCAAUUUCAGUUUGUGUUUUUUGGUUGACUUUGAUGGUUCUGGAUCUGCUGUCACAUUCAUUUUACAUAAUUUUUGCACACAUAAAAUGACAGCUGAGGUUGUCCUGAAAAAAGAUGUGUAUAUAUUUGCUGUGCUUGAAAGGAUAGAGUUGCUACAUAGAUUUUUACAAAAAAAAAAAAAAAACAGGUGGACCAAAAAUAGCAAAAUAUAGCUGGAAGUUCUAAGGGUUACACCAGGGGUUACCCACAGUAACGGGAAUCUUGGGAAUCAUGAACCGAUGUCAUGUCAUUAAAACAAAUACUGAUCUCUAUCAGAAAAUCAAUUUUUUAUCCUGACCCAGUAGGUCUGUCCUUUUGCACACAGACAAAAAAAAAACAAUGAAAAGAAAACAGCACACCAAAGAGCAGAUACACCACCACUCUCAAGAGAUUCCAGUGAGAUCUAAUUGAAAUCUCCUCUGGUCCUGCCCUAAUAGUCUCCAGUCAAAUUUGCCUUCAUUUUCAGCAGCCCCCUGCUGCGGUAAGUUAUUAAAUUACGCUAACCUGUAGGUCUGCAAUCUCUGUCGCGGAGUAAAAGGAAUUGAACCCAUUCUCUCAGAAGAGAUGAUAAAAACAAGCAAUUAUUUCAUCAAGCCAGCCAUGCCAGAUUUAGAUUUCAUAGCUCUCUUUGCUAAAAAGACAGCCGAGGCAGAUGCAAUGUAGAAUUUUUAUUUAAAGCACUGCUGUGGGAACAAAGAUUGUUUUUGCCUGUACAUCAGGUCUUGCUUGGGUAUCACUCUCCUUAGUACAAGCUGUUGACAGCAGAACAUCCAGGUUCUCUUUUAAGAAAUUCCUCUUUUUUGAAUGUCACAGAGUUAAUAUUUUGAGGAAGCCUAGAAAAACAACAGAACACGUAAAGAGCACGACCCCGCUCUCCUGCACGCAGCAGGAUGAACACUAUUAACUUACAUACAGUGGAGCACAAGUGUGAUUGCUCCUGCUUGUGUGUGUGCUGUUACUGUUACCGUGUCUUUGUAUCUGUGAAAUGUACUUCAGAGAUACUGCCCAGCCACAGGCUUUGCACUUAAUUAUUCAAACGACGCCUAUGCACACACUCAGAGGGACGCUAAACAAAUAAAAGGAGAAAAAUAAGACACCAAAAGCAGAAGUUGUCCCCGAACACCGUAAAAUGGGGAAAUUUCCCAGCUUAGAAACAAAAGAAAACGAGAAGUGAUACCAGUUUGCACUGGCAUUAGUGAGACAGCUUAUUGAAAGUAAAUGCCUUAGGCUCAAUUUCUCAGCAGCAACGGCAGUUAUACAAACCCGGGUAAAUAUCUAGUUUUGGUCUACAAACUGAGGAGGAACUGUUAUUUUUGUUUAUGUUCAUUCUGAUGUGUCCUCUGUAAUGUGAUGUACUGGAAUAUAAGCCGCACUGAUAUAUAAGACAUGGUUGGCCUGGAGACAUUAAUUCAUGCUUUUAUCACUUGUAGAAUAGACUAUUGUAAUUCUCUCCUUUCUGGUCUCCCAAAAAAGAACAUUUUUCACCUGCAAUUAUUAAAAAAUUCAGCUGCUAACAAGGACCAGAAAGAGAGAUGACAUUACACUGAUUUUAAGGUCUCUGCAUUGGCUGCCCGUCUCUUUUAGAAUAGAUUUUAAGGUUGCUUUAUUGGUUUUUAAAGCUCUUAAUGGCUUUGGCCCAUCUUAUUUAUCUGAUCUGCUUUUACCUUACGAGCCAGGUAGAGCUCUCAGGUUUUCAGGCAGUUCUCUGUUAACAUUACCUAAAGUUAAAACCAAGACAUACGGUGAGGCAUCUUUUUAUUACUACGGCCCCCGUCUAUGGAGCAGCUUACCUGAAGACCAGCGAUCUGCACCUAAUCUUAAUGAUUUUCAAAGCAAACUCAAAACGUACCCUUUUAGUGUUGCUUUGAACUAAAUUUUAUAUCAUCAACUUUAAGUUUUAGUUUUAAUGACAGGAUUAAAACUAAAACUCUUUUAGUGAGCUAUUUUGGUGCUUUUAUUUUAACAUCUUUUACUGCUGUUUUUAAUUUCAUUUUAUUUAUUUCUUACAUUUCAUUUUAUGUUAGUUUGUUUUUAGAUUUUAACCUAACCUCCAAAGUUUCCUUAUCUUGAAUUUUAAAACGGCGUUUCUUCAAUGCGCACUUCCCUGUUUCUAUGAAAUCGAACCCCUAUUCAAGUUCACGCAUUUCGAUACAUGUUUCUGUUGUUCUUGGAUCGCGGGGUGGGAAUUAGGGGUUGGGCUGGGGUAGAUCAGGGUAUUGUUUGUGUAUUUCUCUGCUAUGUAAAGCACUUUGUGCUACAUGGGUUAUGUAUGAAAAGUGCUUUAUAAGUAAAGACUGACUGAUUGAUUAAUUUAUUUAUUGAUAAAGAAAGUCUCCUGAAGGACAGAAAGUUAAAACUGUGUUCUAGCAUGAAGACUGCUGUUUCCAUGCAGAUGUGUAACUCUUGCUUAUUAGUAUACCACAGUUUUCUUUAAGUGUAUGAUCAUGGCCUAAAGAGGGAGAAAAGGAUUAAAAGUAGCGCCACUAACGCUUGUCUGCCUUAUUAUGUAUCUUGCUUGCAUGCUUUGUGCACUGAGGACAAAAUUUCUUUCCUCAAGCUCCAUCUCUUAUGGUAAAAUACUGUAACACAAUAAAAUACCUCUUUUUGAUAUAUCUGUUGCACGUGUAUAGGAUGUUUGAUUUAAAAAAAAAAAAGAAGAGUGUCUUAUGCACCUACUUUUAAUCACUUUCUUUAAAUUGUAAAAAAUGACUACAUUGAUAUAGAAUUAAGGAAAGUAUUUAGACUGUCAGGACCAGCUCCCUCUGGUCGUAAUAAUAACUCAUGUUAAUGGUACAGCAGUCAUGUGUGGAUAGACAGAGGGCAGAGUUAGUGCAUCUCCUGUUACAAAAAUCCCUCUUUGCUUCAUUGCCACAAGUGCCCUUGUCACUAACAAUUAAUACCCCUUACCCGUUUAUAGGGGUGCACAUAUUAAAGGUCAGUUUAUUAUUGGUGCUUUAAAUGGAGAGCUCAUUCUUUAGUGUAGCGUUAUUGUUUCCCCUAUCUAUGUCUCCAUGACUACAUGCUCAUGAUGAAGGAAACACUUCAAGUCCCAACAGAGACGGCAACUUGCUGUGCUGCUGGUUUUGCAUUACUGUGUCCACUUUCAGUUCGUCUCGUUCAGUUUGUGUGCUAGUCUAUCAUCUGGAACACAAACAGCUUUACGGCCCGUUGACAAGGACACAAUGUGGGCUCUAAACUGAACAUUGCAGCUGAUUGCAUGCUAUGAUGCCGCCAACAAUUAACAUUGCCAUUGUACCAUGAACAACCUGUUGGCUCAUAUCCAAAAAGCUUUGGCUCAUGAAAACACCGUUUGUCAUCAUUUGCCUGUGCUUACAUCAGCAGCCAAUGUUCCUCCUAAUUAUAUUAACUCCCUAUAGGAAACAGCAUGAGUGUUUGUACACCAGCCAGUAAAAGUGGAACACUUGCAGGGCAGAUGCUGCUUAUGAUGGUCAUAACUUCCCUAUCAGUUUUUGUGGCCCCUGGUAUUAUUGACAUGGAGUAUCAGCUUGUACCAAAACCAAACCCCGUACUUGAAUUUGCCUAGAUAACAGACCUGCUCACCGUUUUUUGUUUACAAAAAUAACUAAAGCAAACAAAUUAUUACCCAACAAGUUCAGAGUCUCCUUAUUGGCCAGUUUUACACACUCUGCUGUAAGCAAUGAGGCUUAGCAAUGCCAUGGGACAAACUUUAGAGCUUCAAAUGUCUUUUGUAAAAGUAACAGCAGUCGCAUCAUCACAUGUCAGGAACUUUGCUAGUUUUAGUAAGGCAGUGUCUGAAAUGUAGUGUUGAGAUGCUAGGACAUAUUGUAGAUCCAAACACAUUCAGAAAGACGAUAAAAACCUGCUAUUCUGUGUGGUGAUGGGCUGAUCGUCCAAAGCAAUGAAUCCCACCACCUUCUCUGUAAUCUUUUAGGCCUAUUUCUCUCACUUGAGGAUAUCUAUUUUAUGUUGGAUAGUUUCUGCGGGCUAGUUUAAGACAUUAAGCUAAGACAUCUGUAUGCUCAUGCUAAUGCAACAAACCCCCGUGUUUGUUUGUUUUCGCCUUUUAUAUGUCCCUGCAGAGUUGUGCAUGUGCAUUUCUCCAUUUUAAGUUGAUGCCAUGGCAGGACUUCCACAUCUUUUUUAAUUACUUCCUUCUUAAGUAUACCAUUAUGCUAACCCAGAACACUCGGUUUCAAUAAAUUGCUGAGGCAUUUGCGCUCCUCCACAAAUUGUGCUCAGUGACAGCUGAAAAUCAGUAGAGGAAUGCCAAGAACAACUCUGAUUCAGUAGUUCAGAACCGGAUUGGGACAUUGUUAGAUUUAACAAGAAAACAGAUCAUUAGACCUGGGUUUGCAUGUUGUAUCAGUACUUAAUAUAAGCAGGGUUCCUACGCAAGUAUGGAAAGUAUGGAAAUAAAUUUGAUCAAGUUCCAGGUCUUUAAAAGUAUAAAAAAUGCAAACUAAAGUAUGGAAAAAUAGUUUGUUUCCAGACUAUUACCACAGUUCUAAAAUACUGUUUUCGAAAAUAUAAAGGUAGGUAUUUCAAAAAAAUUAUUCUAAAAAAUUAGGGUAUGGAAAAGUAUGAAAAUUCCAACUGUGUAGGAACCCUGUACAAGAGUCUAAAAAUUAACCUUUUAUUUCGCUAAUUGCUGGUAAAAUUAGAACAUUUACCAGCAAAAACAGUAUUUUUUUUAAAAGGCUAAGGAUGAGGUACAAUUAUUCAGUUAACAGUUCAAAAGUAUUGCUUUCAAAUGUGUUGGCACUGGUUUCCUCAUUUCUAAAGCGCUGAUACGUUUCAAACACACAAGAGGACACUUAUUAGUCAGAUAAUUUACCAGGAUAUAAUUAUAAGAGUGUUGCACCAUGUGUUUUUGAUUGAAGUCAAACUGAAGAGACUACUGUGCUCAGUCUCUCUUGUUUCUAACUCUCUACUUUUGUUUGUGAAGGAAGGACAAGUUUUUAUUCCAUUUUUUAAUAUGAGCUGAAUCUGACUGACGCUGCAAAUUCCACUGAAAUGUUUUAUCUUGCUAGUUCUUCACCACAGGAAGAGGACACAAAAAAAAUCCAUUUAAGUUUGGUUUCAGUCUAGAGACAAUAAAAGUCUGUGAAUUUAAUGGUUGCCUUCAACACACACCUCUAAGAUAGAGGUACCUCUGCUGUUCAGGCUGAGGAUAGAAGAGACAUUGCUGCUUUCUAGUGGCAGGGGGGAAUAACAGUCUGAUGACCUUAAAACUGCAUAAUGUACCAUGGGCUGUAACAAAAGGGAAAAGCAUGCUAAUAGAAACCCUCAAUCUCGCUAUCAACACAUCAAAUAUCUGUGAAGGAUGACAAGGGGAAGUAUUUAUUUUGCAAUCUUUCACCUAUGACAUUUGAUGAAACGCAUGAUAGAUUUUCUUAACUGGGUUUUCUUUCUUUUUCCAAAUGAAACAGUGAUGAAGAGGCCUCAUAUUCUGAUUAUUACCCCAUCAUCCCUGCUGACCUGAUGUCUGUGAAGGAGAUCCUGGGCACGGAAAACUUUCCCCGCCACAGGACGUGGUAAGAUAACACAUCCAGGAGAAUUUAUUUCAUAUACAAAUAAGACUCGAGGGCUGAAUGAUACGAAUGAAAGCCUCUAUUUGGGCAAGUGUAAUUCUAUAUCACAAUAUCAAUAUCUAUUUUGAUGUAAUACGUUCUCUGGAAGAUCAAUACAGAGAUGUUAACGGGUGAAAUAAUCAGGGGUGCCUUUUCCCAUCACACUGAUGCAUGGAUCGUUUAAAAAGGGCCGUUAAAAAAAGCCCUGCUGCUCAUUGAUUAGCUCACAAUAUGCUCAUACCAUCAUGAGAAGUGAUGGGGAUACUACCACAGAAUAAUGGGACUAAUUAACUGGGGACAGAAUUCCUGCACUUGACAGUUUUGAGCCCAGAUUCAGAUUUUAUUUUGACACUUAUGUUGUACUAACUGAGUCAAGGUCUUGAGAGGUUUAGAACUGGUUAUGAAACAAACUGAAAGAAGAUUAUGAUUUUUGAUUUAUUUGUUUUAAUGAUCUACAUGAGCAAAUGAAACAACCAACUACAAGUUUUUUUUUAUGUAUUUCUUUUCAACGGCUACGUGUUUCAGCAUACUAGCUUAACACUAAUAGGGCACGAAUGAAAUCAUCUGCUCGCUUCAUUCGCGUGAAUCUAGACGCGUGAAUGAAUAGUAUUUACUCUCUUCAUUCGCGCGUUUAAAGCAGUUUAUGCUAAUUUCAAUGGUAAUCCCUGCCAAUUCAGCCGGCGGGAUCAAGUGAUAGUCAAAGGUUUUUUACAAUUUACCAGGUAAUCCUACAACAGUGCACAAAUAAAAUCAUCUACUCGCUUCAUUCGCGCGAAUCUAGACACGUGAAUGAAUAGUACUUACUUGCUUCAUUUGCGCAUUUACAGCCGUUUAUGCAAAUUUCAACGGUAAUCCCUGCCAAUUCAGCCAGCAGGAUCAAGUGAUAGUCAAAGGUUUUUUUAUAAUUUACCAGGUAAUCCUACAAUAGGGCAUGAAUAAAAUCAUCUACUCGCUUCAUUCGCGCGAAUCUAGACGCGUGAAUGAAUAGUACUUACUUGCUUCAUUUGCGCAUUUAUAGCCGUUUAUGCAAAUUUCAACGGUAAUCCCUGCCAAUUCAGCCAGCAGGAUCAAGUGAUAGUCAAAGGUUUUUUUAUAAUUUACCAGGUAAUCCUACAAUAGGGCAUGAAUAAAAUCAUCUACUCGCUUCAUUCGCGCGAAUCUAGACGCAUGAAUGAAUAGUAUUUACUCGCUUCAUUCGUGCGUUUAUACCCGUUUAUGCUAAUUUCAACUGUAAUCCCCGCCAAGUUUUUUAUAAUUUACCAGGUAAUCCGAUCUCCUUACUCACUUGCCCUCAGGCCAGCUCCUUUUUAUUCCGGUUUUGGUAAUUGAAAUAAAAGGUAUCAUAUAUCAUACACAAUCAGUUUGUCCUCCAUUUUAGAUACUAGUGAACAACAGUCUAUUUUCAUACAUCACCCGGCAACCUUUGGGCUGAUUAGUUAUCCUGAUGCGAAUAUGAGACAUUUUCAGCUCCCACCCAAUUCGCGUCAUUCGCAUCGCCAGAGUAGUAUGUGCUUCUAAUCGCGUCUUUGCAUUGACUUAACAUGUAGUUUGUUCAUGCAAAUGAUUUUACUCACACUUGGGGUGUGGAGACAGUAAAGCACACUUAAAAAAAAAACAGGGUACAAUUAAUAGUCGGAAAACUAUUCCAAAAAACAAAACAACAUCUGCCACAACAUAAGGCUUUGUCCAGAAACUGCACCAAAUUGACACAAACAAAUACUUCCUCACAUUAGCAUUAAAAAAGCAGUAGAAAGACAGCUUCAUCUGACACUUGAUAUUUUUCAAUCUGAUCAAAAUCAUGACAGCCCUGGAGAAACACAAUUAACUUUAUCAGUUAAAAGAUUGGCUGGUGUCUUCAAUCAAUGUUCAUUAUUUAGUAGUCUAACUGUCAUAUUACUCUUUCAUGAAUUUAAUAACAUCAUCUUAUUAUUUGACAGUAACAUUUUAUUAGAGAUACUACAAAAAGUUAGUGACACCACAGAGAAAAUUUCCAAUCUUCUCCCUCCAUCUGCAGUUCUCAUUUUAGGCACAUUAUCUUUAUUUCUCAUUUUGAACUGAAGUCCUCCAUGAGUACCAGCUGAACCGAAAAUUAGAGCAUGUCUCCAUUUUUUCUCGAGAGGACUUCCUUCCUAGAUGAUCUGUACUCAUUAUGAUUCUGCUUCUCAAUCAGUAGUCACCACCACAUCCUCCCUCUCCACUUUAUUUGACAAAGUGGAGUGGCUCAAGUUUUGCUGGAGCUCUGCCCUGCAAGCUGAACUGCAGAAGAGCUUUUAUGCCAGCAGAGAGGCUCAAUACUCAACCGCAAUAAGGGCUCUUUUCUGAUCUGUCUGUGAAAGGUCAGAUGCAGACUUCUUUUCUCAUUUGCUAUCUUUCAGAUGUCGUGAAACCAAUAAGCUAAAUGAACCGUUCUUCUGAAUCAAACUUUGUCUUUGUACUGAUGAGGAAGAAGGAGGCGUUUCAUAUCCUGCUCAAAGAAAGGAGAGUAUCAAGAAAAACUAAUCAGUGGACAGUGAAUGAAAGAUGCUGCGAGGAACUUUUGGUUUGUUUCAAUAUGCAUUUGUCGGGUAUACUUCCUUGCAAAAAAGUCACAUUCCUACAACCACAUAUACCUCUCAUAUCUAAAAUUUGGUGUUGAACGUAUAAUAAAAGGGUGUUUCUUCAGCCUGCUGUGAAACAUCUGGUCUGACACCUACCCCCUUACUAUGCUAGGACUUUAUUUUGCCUGUGGUUUCAGGCAUUAAAAAUUACAAUAAGGAUAAGGAGGACAAAGAUAAGGAGGAUGUCUAAGUGGCCUGUGUGUUGAAUGUGAAUUUUGCGUUUCAUCACUCAGUUUAACUUCUGUUUGCCGUGAAUGUUACAAGAGUACAUAAUGAUAUCGUCAGUCUUUGAGCGAAGUCACAUUUGGCUUUUGUAGGUCAAAAAAAAAGAUCAGUAAUAAAUCCAGUAUGCUUCAUAACCAAUAAAGCUCCCAUUAAGAACUUUGGGCCAAGCAGUCUUUGCGUAUCUUGUUCUCUACAUGCUUGAGUAGUGACUUUUGACAGUCGAAUGUUUCCUUUAUUUUGAAUGUUUUACAUAGAAAUUGUAAAAACAGGCUGCUUCUACAGUUAGCUGGCUGGCAUUUCCCCCUCACACCUUUUUUAGGCAAUGAAACUCAAUACAAAAAUCCUGAACCCUGUCGCUAAGUGCCACAUUUGGAUGUCAUGAAAAGGCAUCAGUGUGGAUUUCAAAGUUAACUAUAAGAGCUUUAAAGACCUUUUAUGGGAGCUUAAAUCAGUCUUUUCUCUCAAAGUUACUAUUAAGUCAUUCUACAAGUGAAACCUGUCAGAAAAGUUUGGUUCUAGUUUUAAGAGUACUUGAAAAUUUGCUUUCCUGGGUCUUACAUAACAAUGGUGUGAUUACUUCAGUUUGAGGCUGUUGGUCUCACAAAACAACACUAAUUUAAAAGAGGUCACUACAUGCUGCAUUUAAUUAUGACUGGGCAUUUUUGAUUGGCAGAUUGAUCACUAAUGAGGUAUUUUAUGAUGCAGCCCUGAAGUAAAACUGAGUGAGAAUUAGGCAAGAGUCUCAAAAAGCAGAAAUAAUCCAGCACUGAAAAAAGUACUAAUAAAUGUACUUCUUUUUUAAACAGUGAGCACAGAGCUCGUAGCUGAACUUACUACCCUGCCAGUAGACAAAGUCCUUAACUUAUUAGCGAUUAGGAAACUGGGAGGAUUGUGUUGAUGACAAGUGUGAGCUACUACUUUUUUUAAGUGUCUUAAAACCAUGUUGCAAGGACAGGAUUACAGCUCAGCUGUGGAGGGGAUGUCACAUAUCCCAAAAUAAGUCCCUGAAUAGGGAGGUUUAGGUCACUCAGAUCAGGAAGCAAGGGGAUUGUGGCCUCUUGCGACAUGAUUUGCUUUACUAAAAUCCUUUUUUUUUUUCUUUUUUACUACUGGGACACUAGUUGUCCUGUCGGGGUCACACAGGACUCAAUAUCACUUCUACAUGUGGUGACUUAGAGGCAACUGCUCUCCUGUUCUCCAAUCAUCCAAAAAAUGAUUAGUCUCUUUUUUUAUUUGACAUUAUUACUGUAUGUAAAGUUAUUAAAUUCUAAGAAUAACCCAGAUAUAAUGACCUUGAAGCCAUAAAAGGAAGCCGCGGCUGGAAACGCAAUGAGAUGCAUGGCCAGAAGUCACAAUGAUGACUGAAGAAGACUGGUAAUGCUAGAAGAUGGAGUUUCAAAGGAGAGAGAGUGAAAAAGGGGGAAGUCAUCGAGGGUACAAUCACCCCCUCUUGAAAGACAAAACACAUCUGACAGUAAUGAGCCUCAGCUGCAGAGAUGUGGCCUGCCAACUCGGCAUCUCAUUAGCUGCCCUCUCUCAUGCCACCGCCACCACCCUCUAUCUUACCAUCUCAUCACAGAGUGUCUCUCCUAUCCCCUAAAGUGCUUUGUCUAAUUCGGUCUUGUCUCACCUUCAGUCAAAUCCACCUGUUAAAGCCCUCUCCCUCAUGAAUUAGCAAGGUCCAUUCCACUAUGAAGGGAAAUUUCUCCACCCAACCUCAAUUCUUCACAAAUCUCAUCCCCCUCUUCUCAGAAGUGCUGAGACGAAUCUGGUGUGGAUGGAUAUUUUAGGACGGAGGCUGGAUAUCUGGUAAUACUUGGGAUGAUUGACUCCUCCCAGGAUAAGAAAGGACGGACGGAAGGAUGAACUUCAAAGCUCUCGAGGAUUGGCACACUAUUUCUGGAAGGUCUGAAUGUUGCAGGAUGUGGGAGCAUGACAUUUGUUUUGAUUUGUGAGGAAAUGAAGGCGCUAGAUCUUUUAUGUGAUGGCUCCACAUUAAAAUCUGAUUCACAUACUGCUAUUAUCUCCUCACUGUUAAGGGGUAACAUGUAAAUUAUGCAGCUGACUCAUGCCAGGUUUGUCUUUAAGAGGAGGGUUUUGCUGUUAUUUGCACCAAUAUGCAGAAUAAAAUUUCCAUCGGGAGCAAUAAUUAAGCUAUAAACCCUCUCAGUCCUACUGACUUGAUGAGUUCCAGUGUGCGUUCCCUUGAGGCUUAAAAUCUCUGAGCCCACAGAGAUUAAAAAUACUGACAGGCAUACGCUCCACUAAACAGGCCUGUGGCAGAAAAAGUCAAAACCAUGUAUCUGAGCCCCUGAAAGUGUGAGCAGUAUGGGCACCUACAGGUCUGGGUAAUGCAUCUUUGCAUACACGUAUUCAUAUUUGCAUAUUUAUUCAUGCUGUUUGUGCAUUUCACUGAAUUAUGGCAAGUAUUUGAAGGGCCAUUCAUGCUCUAGUGGCCAUCAAAGCCCAGAGAAGUGUUUGUGAAUAUUUAAGAUUAUGUCUCUCUCUGUUUGUUGAGGCAGAGUGUGUGUGUGUGUGUGUGAGGUAAAGUUCAAAUAAUUAAGCCCUGGGGACUGUCAAUCAAAAGACGGUUCAGGAUACACACCCCUCCAGCGAGAGAGAGGAGUAUUAAAUCACUGCAUUUAAAGGAAAGCACAAUCCAUAAUAGUGCGCAAAGAGCGUCUACCUCCAUAAAGAUGGAUGAACUGCACAUAUGCAGGAGAACUGACAUGGCAUGGGCCUUUAGAGGUAUUUAUAGCUCCAACCUGCCAUACAAAUGUACAUUUGAUAGAGUCUUGAGUUCUCCAACAGAGGCUGGAUCAAAUCACUAUCCUGAAAAUUUCCAUCCAUAACAAUGACGCACUACUUGGGCAAGACACUUUACCGUCAUUUUCUCAUUAUGGAUCAUUUUAAACUGAGAUAAAAGUGGAUGUAUUCGAGUUGAAGAUUAUCUGUUACAAGAGGAAAAAACGUGGCUAUGAAAUUAGUGGCUGCUCGGUUGGCAGCAUCUAAAGUACUGCCAGCAAUGUUUUAUAGAAAAUUGACUUUUAAGAGACUUUUAAGUCUCACUUACCUAUUGAAAGAUAUUUCAACUCCCAGUUAAAACCAUCAGAAUAACACCAGAGCUAAUCCUAACUUUGAAGUGCUAAUAUCUCCAGGGGCAGCUCAGCUUGUAGACUCCUCCUGAAAUCUUUCUUACAGAUGGGUAUCAUGGAAGUACACUGAUUUUCAGCACAAUACUACUGCGCAAUCUCCAACCAGUUUUAAUUUUGAGAGGUGGUUGUUUUGGAUAGGGAUGGACCAAGGGAUGGGCGAUAGAUUAUCGUUCAUGAUAUAUCGUAAGAAGAAUCCUCCAUGAUAAAUAUUUGCCAUCUCAUGAUAAAUACUAUAAAUGCAAGUUGAUGACAUGAGCGCGAGCGAUGGACUCACAGCCAUAGCCCACACUAGGCCUGGACGAUAUAGAAAAAAAGCAUAUCGAUAAAAAAUAAAUCAUAUUGAUCGAUAUCGAUAUAAUUGUUAUAAUUAUUUAACAUAUAUUUUAAUUGCAGCCCUGGAUGUUUUAUGCUAUUGCUUAAUGACCUACUUUUAAUAAAGAACACACAAGCACUGAAUUCAAAUUCAAACCUUUAUUCAACCACCUUUUUUAUUUUACCACAACUGAAAGUUUUUUAAAAAAGAACUUAAAAAAAAAAAGAAAUCAACUUAAGUGGCCUGAGUGACGUCAGUAAAUACUGAUGACAAACAUAAAGACUAAAGUGACCAGAAAAUCUGAUAAAUAAAUAUUUAAAUAGUCUUUUGAUGAAAAUAAACAAAUAUAUAAAUAAACAGAAUAGCUUUAGGUGGGAAUAGCAUACUACCAGUUUUAACUGUGUGGGAAACUGCCCACAGCCUGGUGUCUGAACACUGAAAUAUUUCUCCCGGGGUCGGGAGAUUUAUUUUUUUAAUUAUCAUGUGAUUGACUUAAUACACAAACUAAGCACGAGAAGCAGGACUUAUCCACGCCGGUGUUGUGUCGUAGAAUGCACCCCUGCCGAAUGCACCCCCUGCUAGUAGCCAUGAUCCAAAUACUCGCGUCUUUGUAAAAUAUGAGCUCAUUUUCUUCCACUUUAAGAAGCUACACCGGAACGUAUUUCCUCCGCACCCUUCUCACCUUUUCAACCCCUGACCCAUUUUCAUGCCUGAAGCGCUGUGUUUGAGAAAUACUUGCGGCCGGGCACUUCAUAUCGCGGGUCGAGAGUGGCUAGAAGCUGGUCGAAGCCAGGCUUUUCAACGGUAGUUAUUGGCAGUAUGUCCCUCGCUAUGGAGCAUGUUACUGCAUGGGUGAUGUCCUUAUGCCGCUCGGAUGCUUUGUCGUAUUUUGGCAAGAAACGAAGUCCAGUUUGGUCUGCUUCACAUGCUUUGUGCUGGUGCUGGCAGCGGUUCCAGAGGAUUCCUCCGACGAUGACGUGGAGCCGCGGCGCGGCCGACACAGCUCGUACUCCUGCGGGUGCGAUCGGUUUAGAUGGUAAAACAAGUUGGUUGUGUUACCAGACUUCGUUUUUACUAAUUCUCUGCAAAUUUUGCAAACGACCGCUGUUCGCUUUUUGUCAGACUUCUAAAAACCAAAACAUUGCCAUGCUGGUGAACUACUGAAACCUUUUUACGGGACAAUGUCCUCCGCUUCUCCUUGCUGUAUCAUUUUUUCUAAUACACGUGCUGUCUGUUGUGGUUUGAUAGGGGCUGGGCUUGGUGCCGUAGCGUACCUGGGUCUGCGUUUGUGAUUGGUUGGGAGGAAGUAAUGACUGUAGUAAAAGCUACAUGAUAGGCUAUGAUGAAAAAGAAAGGGAAACUGUGUUUUUCUAUCGAACUUUUUAUCGACCCGUUUUUUUUUAUCGCACCACACGUCUAUCGAUCGAUAUAUAUUGUUAUCGAAUUAUCGUCCAGCACUAGCCCACACAGAGCAGAAUAACAAACUAACAUGGCCGAAAGUAAUGAAGAAGACGUUUCUGAGCAGCUUGUUACUGGACGAGGCUCCACAUGAGGAAUUUCCUUCAAGAUCAGGGCCUAGAUUAGCGCAAGCAGGUCUGCCUGACAUCGUACAGUAGAUCUGCUGCUGUUCACUCCUUGCAAUAAGAGUUUUCAACAAAUGUUGUAAAUGUUUUCACAUUUGAGACUUGUUUGAUGUCAUUAGUUUUCUCCACAACCUACCACUCAAUCUUGUGGUUAAGUAUCUUUAUGACUACUCCAACUGGGCUUUUCAAGACGGAAUAAGUCAAAAGUAUUUGGAUUAGAAUUAUAUUUUCUAUCUGGACUUUUAUCGUCAUCGCUAGAGUGGCAAAUUUUAUCGUGAUUAAUUUUUUAGCCCAUAUCACCCAUCCCUAUAUAGACCGAUUUUUUCACCAAAACUAGAUUGGUGUCCCUUGCUCUAUAGAGGAGAUCUCUGCUGUUGUUUGGGUUUACAAAAACUUACCAACACCUCAGCUCCCAGCCCUAGCCGUGUGCUGUAAAGCAUUUGAGAUGCUGAUGCAGAUUUUUUUUCAGUUUUGUAAAAGUUUAGAAAGUGCUAACUCUAAAAUAAAGAGCCGUGAAAUAUCUUUUAGACAAUUUGCUGCAUUUCAGUUUAAUAAAUCAAGGUAAACCAAUCAACUGUGUUUUCUGCUAGCCUUUGUCAUUAUCAGGGUACUCUUCAAACUGGCAGCAUUAUAAAUCACAUUAUCAACUAAUGAUCAUUUUCAAACUGGAACUAAUAGACUUGUUUCACACAGAUAAAUAAAUCCUGCUUUGUGUGACUAAAUAGACCAACACAAGCACGUGCCAUCUCAACGGCAACCAACGUGAUAAAUGGUAAGUCAAGGAUGUGACGUGGGUAUUAACACAAUAACACAGUGACUGUCAACACUUGAAGGAUUCCUGAAGAAACACAUACCACUGCUCUGCACUGCAAUCUCUUCACAGUGACAUGAAUCAACUGUGUUUCAUAUCCCACUGACAAAACACCCACAUCCCACAACCUUCGAACACGUGCGACAAAAAGCGCUUUUGUAAAAUGACACAUAGGUAAAAAUGGAGCGGCAAACCAACAUUAUUACUGAGCCUUUUCAACAUCAGGCUGCCAACAAGCAUAAAACUUGCAUUCCCCUGCAAAUGGACUUGGACAGAAGGGAACAUUAACUUGCCAAAAGAAAAAAAAAUCAAUGUGAAAUUGCUGUUUUGUUUUCCUCAAAGGUUGAUUCAUCUUGUUGUAAAGCAAGCCUUUGUCUGAGUUGUUCUCUCUACUUUUUUUCACCACUGAUGGAGGUCUGAAUUGUUUUGACAACCCACAAAAAAGUUCAGAUCAAGACACCCCCCCAUCCCCCCUUCUUGUUGUGGAAAACAAUAUCUAGGCUGUGACUCUUGAUGCCCAGACACGCUUCUCCCAAAAGUUUUACCAAACACUGAAUUGGUAAUCCCAAUGCAGGUAUAUUUAAUCUGGAUCAAACAAACAUCACCCACUCUCACAAACAAAGAUUGUGUUCAGGUACAAAAAUAACAGAUAAUAUGAACAGAAUUUUAAAAAUAUGCUUUGCUCCACCAGGGAAAUCUUGAAGGAAACUCUCGCAGAGGAUGAAGAAUAUUACAGAGACAAGUGGACCAUGUUUGGAAACGAGGCUGAGAAGCUUGAGCUAGAGGUGAUCAGGAACCAGCAUGUGUUACGCACACGAGUUGACAAACUGGCCCUCCGCAGGCAGGUAAAAAAAAACUUUUCAUUGUAAAAAUCAUGUAUAGCAAGAAUAUCAUUGUUUUCUGCUUUGUCUUAUAAUAGUAUUUAUUUGUCACGUUUUUAUGGUGGCCCUGAGGUGCAAAACACAAAGGAAAAUCAGAAAAUGAAACAAGAAAUCACAGAAACAAGGUCAUUUCUGUGACCUAGUUUAAGCAACUUUAAUAUCACAGAUAAAAAUAAAGUUUGUUAGGAGUUGUAAGAAAAACUGUAAGAUUUAUUAUCUUAUUUACUCCCAUGUUUCUCCAGUGCAUAACCACCAUCAGAUUACCCAGAACGUUUUUUUUUUGUGUCUCUUAUCUUAUUUGUUUCUCUUUUUUGUGUUGGUGAUCUGAAGGACUUGGCUGCCUCUUUUAGAGAAUUAAGGUUGCUUUAGAGAUAGAGAAUACUCCUCAGCACAUUGCUUUUCCUCUUAUCUGCCGUAUGCUUAUAUUUAUCACUUAGAAAGUUUUCCCUCUCUGGAAAUUUUCUGUGCUCCAGGCAGAGAAGAAGAAAUCUGCCCACAUGGAGUACAUGGAGCGUCUGAGCCAGAAGGCCCCAGACUUUCCGAUCCCUCUGAGGGCUCACACCGUCUGGGAGGGCAUGACGGUCAAACUCUCCUGCACCGUUAAGGGCUAUCCACCCCCUAAGGUCACAUGGUGAGAGCUUCUAUGUCUGCCGCAGUCUAUUCCCUGGGCUUCCACAGUUGAUAUAAAGUUUCUAUUUCUAAAAAUGCCAACUUGUAUCAUCUUCAAUUCAUUUCUCACUCAGCAGGAAAGUCCUAUUAACCACUAAACGUUACAAUUUUCAGAGAACAAAAGCAAUCCGGUCAAUUAACAAAGCCUCACUUUACAACAGAUUUGACAAAUAACCAUUCGAGAAAUUUGAAAAUUCUAGGUUAUACUCAUUUGAAGUAUUUUUUCCAUGACAAAUUAAUGCAAUUCAAGAUGGAUGGAAAAAUAGAAGACAGAAGAAAGUAUAUCAAGAGUCCUCCCAGAGUGACUUACAUUGAAUUUUUCAUGUUUGAUUCAAUAUAAUAUAAGGGGUAUAUAGGCCUGGGCGAUAAAACGAUAAUGAUAUAUAUCAAAAAUUAAUUUCCCUCAGGUUCCCUCUGUCUGUUUUACAUUUAUGGUCCACUUGAUGGCACAAUAAAGCAAAUGAAGCACAAUAAUUAAGCUUAUUAAUUAAUUAAGUUAUUGGAUGGAAGCUUCAAUGCUUCAAGAGGCUUCAUCUCACCAUCACUAACGAAUAGCCAAUGAAAAGGGGAGUUGCUCCAGGUCUGCACCGCGCUGAACCAACAAUUCAGUCCGUUUUCGCUUGUGGAAUGCCUUGCGACAAAACGUUGAAGAGACACAGAGACCUCACUGAUGCAGUAGCUUAUUGUAUUGCAAAAGACAUGCUACCAAUAAGCACUGUUAAAUUUAAUUUAAGAGUGACAGAGAACAUUUAAGAUUGACAAGUGAUUUAUGACGUGAUAUCGUUAUCGACUGAUAUGAAAAAAAUAUAUCAUGAUAAACUUUUUCCCAUAUUGUCCAGCCCUAGUAGUAGGCAUGCAUGGUAAAAGAAAACUAACUGUAAGUAUCAGAGUCAUAUUCCUAGAGUUCUAAACCAUGCGUUAUUAAAUAUCCUUCUGUAUAUCAAUAUGAAAUCACCUAUGUUAAUUCAGGCAACGUUCCAAACUGUCGACCUUGAUGCUUGAGCUUCUGAGAGACUAGCCAGAGAACAGACUGUGUGCUCAGUAUUCAUGAACCUCACCGAGAUCCACAUAACCUGAGGCUCGAGGGUUUCACCAUCCCAUAUGGGACCCAUCGAGCCCAAUGAGCUGCCCUCAACAGUGCCCGGCACAAAACAGAAUGAGAGAUCAAAGACCUCCUCUGGUUGCUCUAAACUCAGCCUAUCGACCGACAUUUGAUGAGUGAAAGACGUGAAUGAGAAGUCAGUGGGCCGGGUCGUGAACCACUCAAGUGCAGCCUGUUAUUCGUUUUUACUUUGAUAUUCAAAAAAACUCUGGACACGCACUCAAAUCUAUCUCUUAAUUCUUAUGUCAGGUAUAAGGACGGUCUGCCUCUGAGGAUGUCAGAUCAACCGUGGAAUUACAGCCUUCGACAGACAUUUGGUCUGAAUACACUGGAAAUUAGAAGGUAGGUCACUGGUUCAAAUACAUAAUAAAGGUUAAAUUUCUGUGCAGGAAAAACCGUGAAUAUGACAAAGAGCUGUUUAAGAUAAACUGUGUGUAGAUAGCACCACUUUGCUUUUAAUUAAAGAAGCAUAGUAUUUAUCUCUGUGGUAAGGGCUGCACAAUAUUUAAAAAAAAAAAACUAUUGUAAUUUUUUGAUUUAGAUAAAUGCAGUGUAUUCUAACUGCUUUAAAACAAUUAGAAAUUCUUACAAUACAAUAACACUUUUCACAAUUUGAAUCCCUCAGUCGAUUUUCUGCUUUCAUAUCAAUCCCCCUCUCACUCUAUCUGAAAGUGUUCAGCCUUCUGACACCUGGGGUUAGUGGACAUGCAUAUAACAAAGACACUGGUUUGCUCACACACUAUGUAAUUCUGUCUAACUUACUGUGGAGCUGUGCAGUCUGUGCACUCACAGUGAGAAACCACUUAACCCAGGGUCUUUAACUCAGGGCACUUUUAGGGGUCCUGAUUCUAGUGUCUCACUGGCCUCUCCUGCUGCUUGCCCGUACUGUAGGCCUACUGUUUGACAAGGUGCGAGUGUAGCUGUGCCAGUCAACCAAUCUUAAACUGGAAGAGGUGAAACUGUUAACGCAAUAAACCAGGAAAAUAAGUGCUCUUUAGGUUACUGUCACAGAGACAGAAAGGCCCUUCUUUUUUACAUGUCAGCAUUUGCGUACAGAAUCAAAACAGCACUAUUAGUUCCUGAAUCGUAGUGUUCGUGUUUUUAAAUAUUCUAAUAUUUAUACUAAAAUGACAUGGCAACUGAUGUCCCAAAUAUCCUAUGUGUUUGAAAACAGAAUAGACUGUGUUUUAGGGCAAAUGAAGCGAUUAUUAACCCAGGCUCCAUGACAUUUCAAAACAACACAUUUUGGAGUCAAAAUCCUAAUACCUCAGUAUCUCAAUUCCAUUAACCUGAGAUAUUUUUGUUUAAGGUAAUUAUAACAUCAGAAUCCCAAACAUGCUCUACUUCUAAUAUUAGAAAUAAUCAGUCAAUUUUUUUGUAUCAGUUUGAUGUAGAUGUACAAUUCAGUAAACACUCUGUGGUACUGUUUAGUGUAGCGGGCUAUGUGUGUGUAUGUGUGCCCACAAUGCUGACAAGCACCAAACAAGUGGGAAUACACUGUUUUAAAAUCUGUCUCGCUUAAUCGAGCAUAUGAUGCAGACACUGCCUGCACAGCAAUAAGUUACUCUGUGUGUUCAUGUGAGGGGUUACAUUGGAGUGCUUUCAGAUGGUUGUUUAUCCCAGAUUAAUCCUGGACAGAAGUGGUGACAGCAUGACAUGUUUCAGGUAAUAUUACUAACAUCACACCUCCUGGAAUUUAGCUACUGAGCAUGCAGACGGUGAAACAUCAUUCAAAACCCCCUGCAGGUCCACAGUCCCUAGCCUCCACACUCUGCCAGAUGUUUCAUGAAAUCUUACAAACUUGUAUAUGAAGUUGUGGAUAAAGAUAAGAGUGGCCUUUAUAUUGGGGAAUCAAAGCCGGUGCUGUUUUGUCUGACUCCUCCAUUAUCCAAAUUCAGACAACAAAGUCAGCCAAUUAAGUUAAGUGGUGUGGUGUUGAGGCUUCACAUUACUUUCUUUCACGUUGUUGCAUUUGGAAUUAACUUAAUAGCCACUCCAACAGAGUGAAGUGUGCUGCCUAUAAUGAAAGUAUGUGCCGUGAGAGCACAAAAUUUGUGAAACUAUGGAUGCAUUUUCAUUUCAGCUCAAUCUUCAACACUUAAUUUUUUCAGGAUACACAUUUACUGUUUAUCCUCAGAUGCUCUCCUGAGGAUGCUGGCGAGUAUAAAGUGGUGGCCAAGAGUGUCCUGGGUGAAGCUAUGACUUUUGGAACACUUGUGGUCAAUUGUGAGUAGUUUUUCUAUUUCAUACUAGUAUAACGUUGAUAAGAUAACACAGUGAUUGACUUUAACAAGAAUUAAUUUGAACUUCUAGACCCUGAGCUGCUAAUAAGACAAAGUGUUAUAGACAGGAAAGUAUUCAUUUUGGGGAGCUAGUCAGAGGCAUUGUAACCAGUCAACAAGUAUACACAGCAUGUCUCUUCCAUGUUUCAAACCUGAUGCCAACUUCAAGAGUGUCCUGAGUCAACUUGAGAAGCAAGUUUAGCAAUAUAACGUCAAUAUUACUUCAUCAUUUUGCAUACAUUGAAGACACUGCCCUCUAUUGGCUUUAAUGUUGACAUGCUCACGUUUAAAGCUUAAUCAGACAUCAUAGCUGAAUUAACCAUUUACAUAGUCAUAUAGAACAAACAAAACAAUUCAAAACAGAAACUAUAGAUAUUUACCAGAAGUAUUUGAAGCCCGGCUAAGCUAAAACACAAAUAAGCACAAGAAACAUUUCAAACUCUGUUUAUGAUCUAAAGCACCUAAAUCUGAAUCUGAAAAUUUCAACAUUUAGUCUAUGUGGAAGCUGGAUAAUACAACACCAACCAGCCACAACAUUAGGAACACCUGGAUGAUCAAAUGUAAUCAGAUGCAACAGCUCUACCACCAAUUCUGCCUUUAGCAAGCUUGUUAGUAUUUAGUUUUUGUUGGUGUAGGACAGGUGAUAAUUUAACAUUGUGUUUAUUAUUGAAGAUGUAGCAGAUGGUGCUGUUAUGUGAUGUGUUGUUGUUGUUAGCAGUGUGUCUUCAAUUUUGUCCACUUUACUCAGUGAAAAUUAAUAACAUUGUGGUUAAAAUGAACAGCAACGUUUACAAAUUAACUUGGAAACCAACUAACCGUGCAACCAACCAGCAAACUGACCAACUUUCUAGCAUGGAGGGCAAAACACGCCUCUGAACUCCGCACCAACAAUUUGUCAUCCAGAAUUUAAGGCCAAUGACAGCAGCAAUAGUGAGAAAAAUCCAAAGCGGGAGCAAACACAUGCAUGCCACAUCAGAAAAAAAGUUUUUAAAGCCUACUCACUGUUAGUUGAACUCAGAGAAACCGUUUCAGGAUGUUUCGUCGGCCAUCUGUGCGGGUGGACUUUCUCAAAGCCAAUGGACGUUUGACUCAGGUAACAGUGGCCAGUGUCCUAUAUCGCUUCUAAAGAUGUUGUAGAGGUAAAAAGCCGAAAAGGGGCAGUCUUUGUCAAGAAUAUGUAGCUUCACGAGUGUUUUAAACUAGAAGUGUAACACGCACACGGUCAAAACGGUGGCGUUGUGGAAGUGGGGGGAUCUCUUGCUCACUUUUAGCCUCGACGGUUUCUCUUCACUGCUUGGUAAUCCUCAAGUUUCCACACAUCCGGAACUCGACUCUGGCGUCUUCGUGUUUUUCAACAGGUCUGGGGUUUUCUCUUACGAACAUAAUUGCCCAAAUAAUUCACAGAUUUUACAUUUAUCCAAGUUUGUCGGCAAGCCGCAAGCUGCGUUCGAGUUACCUCGGAUGCCAGAAGUCCGAGCUGAAAAUGAAAUCCUUGUCCGAAUAUACGGCAAGCGCCAAAAUAACUUUCGUAUAUGUAGCCAACAUGUUUCAGGCCUCCGAUUUUGCGUUUGUCAAACUUGGUAACUGAAACGCUGCGAACUCAGGUGAGACGCCAUUUUCUGCUCCGACAUCUGUCAUCUGAGGUAACUCGAAUGCAGCAUUUUUGAAAGUAGCCGUUGGAAUAAAUUGGCUCACGCUUGUAACGUUUAACCGAAGCCCCGCCCGUGCGUUGUCUCGCGGGUGUUUUUUCCUCUUCAAAAUACCGACUUCUGCUGCGUUCGUGUUAGCCUGGCUGGGCCAUCCUGUUGCGUGAAACACAUUCGACGUCUUCUGCGGAUAUAAACGAUUUCUGCCGACUUUGCAAAGUCAACUGCAGAAUUAACGGCGUUCUGAAUGAACGGAGCUUUGAAAAGUCCCGCAGCUUGUGUUAAACGUCACUAUCUACACAUGGACCAAUCAGGGGCUGCCUUUCCCUGUCCUUCGGGUAACAGUGAAAACACGAUCUCUGAUUGGCCCUGUUAUUUUCUGACCAGGAAUACACGCUCCCAAUGGGCCGAAGUCCAGACUGUUGUGGGAAGGAACGGCAAGUGAUUCACGCAACAGGAUGGUCCAUCCAGGCUACGUUCGUGUUACCUCGGAAGUCAGAAGUCCAAGCAGAAAAUGACGUCACACCUGAGUUACCCGCGCUUCAGUUACCAAGUCGGAAAAAAGCAAAGUCAGAGGCGGAAACAAAAUGGCUACAUCUACGAAAGUUUUUUUAGCACUUGCCUUGUUCGAAUGUAAGGGGCUGUGCUGGGUCCUGUGUAGUAAACGCCAGGCGGGUACGUUUGGUCAAAUAAGUCACAAGUUGAUUCAUAUGAAUUUGGGAAUUUUAAAAUAUUAGAGUUGCUGCAGAUAAUUUAAAGAGUCCAUUAAUAUCAAAGAGUAUCCCCUGUUAAAAUAAAGUGUGAGCAUACUCAGGCUACCUUGUGGAAAAACAAGAGUUAAAGUUUUAGCCUGGUAGUUAUCUGUCAUAGUCCUGAAAACCUCAAUCUUAAAUUCAAGGACCCUUCUUAAAAAUAAUAGAUGUUUCAUGUGUGGUUUAGUUGAUGUCCUGGUACCCCCUGGCAAUGAUAAUAUGAAUUUUCAAAAAUCAGUAGGCUAUUGUCCGUGGCCUCAUAGCCUAAGUCUUUUUUCAGAUGGGUAAUGAAGUCACUCGUGUAUUAUUUAAAUAAAUUGUGCACAGGCAACAUAAGUCAUUAAUACCCUUCAUAGGCUGACACUGUCUCAAGAAGUGAAAUAUUCAAAGUGAGCAUGGUAACCUUAGUUUUGACACAAACAUUCAUUUUAGUAAUGUUAUUUUAUUCUACUGUGCCUUUUAAUGACCCCUCUUUUCUUAAAGGCAGCAAUGUUACCUGACCUUGUAGAUAAAUUAGGUGGUCCGGGCAUUAAUGAGACACUUCAAGGCCUCUCUAUGCCAUCUAUUUUUCACAGACUUUCUCCAGUGGUUAAAAAUAGGUGAAAGGGAAUAUUAGAUGUGACUUGCAUAAAUGUGGUGUUGCCUGGUUUGAUUUAUCUGCUGUUGCACUCUGUCUUUUGCACCUUCAAUUUCACAAUAUUUCCCUGUGUUUCUGUCUCCAUCUCUGACCCUCCCUGUCUCUCUCCAAUUGGUCCUGCUCCGACACCCUGCAACUCUGCAAUUCAGCAUAUCAAGGAGCUGUGGCUGGUUCAGAGCUCUCACAGACCCGCGGUAAGUUUCACGCCAGGGCCUAAUGAAAAGUGUCCCCUUUCAUUUCUCUGCCAUCCUUUGAAGUUCCUUCCCUCCACCGGUAAACGAGAGGGAGGGCUGCGAGGCUUUGAAGGCAGUGGCACAACACUGUGCUCUGCUGUGCAUGCUGCACUUCAUAAAGACAGAUACAGAUGGACUGAAAGGCAACAGCAUGUUGACAGUGUUUGUUUGUCAUGGGAGUUUAUGUAUCUGUGUGGGAGUCCAUGUCCGUGGCUGUACGGGUGUUAAGCAAGACUAUUUGUAGGAUAGCUGCUGCAGGGACAUAAACACUUGCUUCCAAUUGAGCAGAAACAACAGUCAUGUAUAUUUCGUUUUAGGAACAGCCAGGGAUGUAAUCCUUUUUGCUUCGAGCUGUGGAGCAUCUCACAAUAGCUGUGGUACUCUUUUGCCCGGAUCACCCUUCACAAUGUAUGCUGUCAUAAAUGGGAAAAACAACAGGAAACGCUGCUUGUUCAAAUACUUAAGAAAGCUUCUUUCAGUUACCAGAAUCAGCCUUUAUAUUCAUAUGAAUUAUGCCUUUUUUUUAUUAGAGGCAAAGGCAGAAAUAGCGUGACAAUGUUUUAGGGGCAAUGAAUGAGUUUGCUGUGUAGCUUUGACAGGGGAGAGCAUUGUACUCUCCAACUUUUUUGCUUUGAUGUGGGGGACAGAGACUCAGCCAAAGGCUGCUAUACAACUGGGAAAACUCAUGAGCAAGCCUUUUUUUAAAGGUCACUGUUGAACUUCAUAGGCUUAUCUAAAACCCGUGUUUGGCAGUAAAAGGAAGGUGAACCUUUAAGUUUGUCCCAGUGCUAUAGAAAUACACUUUGGUCCAUCCCAGAUCACUAUACAGUUCAAACAUCGGCCUAGCUAUGCAAAAUUUUGUGAACGCUUGUAUUGACAGGAUACAGGUUCGAAUGAAAAAUAUUGACGUCCAAAAUAAUUGCAUGAAAAAAAUGCUCCCGGUGUGAAAGGACCUUAAGUGUCACACAAGUACAACACAGUAUAUACAACACACUCGGAAAAAUGACAGUUAAUUUAAACCAGCUGUUAUCAGCAAACAGCUUGAUUAUCUCAUAUGGAGCAGAUAAAAAUUUCCAUGAUUAACAUCUUAAUAAAUAAAAGCAAUCAAAAUGAUCACUGCACAGAAAGAAACACUGACAAAGCAUCUGAAUGAUGUCAGAAAAAGACCGACCUAAGUCUUGUAUUUGAACACAGCCAGACGUACGUGUCAGUGAAAGGUUGAACUGCUGCUGAUAGAAUAAUAUCAUUAUGAAACAUGUCACGGUCACCCCGUAUUCAUCUUUGAGAAUAAGAUCUGACAAGUCCUCAUGGCACACAUACAUCUCACUUCCAGAUAGCAUCGCUUCAGUGGUUUGACAAGUGAGAGAUGACAAAAGCUGAAGGAAUAACUUGUCAGGAAUUGCUGGCUUUAAAAAAAAUUGUCAAAUUUUCAUCUUUCCUGCUGUCGUCUGUUGUUUCCUCGAAGGGAUGCCUCUCGUGAGCAGGGGAUCUUUCUAUCAUGACUGCGGAAGCCUGAAAAACUCAUCAGUUUUGGUUAAUGAAGACAGGGUUGUCUUGUUCAGUUUCACGAGUGAGGAAAUCCGAAGAAGGAAGUGCUUGUUUCUGCUAGUUUGGAGAAAAUUUAGUUAAACAGUAGAGACAUCAAAACUCGGGAGGUAAUAGAAAGAGCUCUCAUUUCCUAUCCUCAAAAAUCAGCGUAUUUUUUCUUUUACUUCCUGGCACUCACCUCUGCACACCCUCUUCUUCUUUGUUGCUCUUCUUUUUUAUUUAUCAUGCUGCUUUCAUUUGUAUCUACUUUAAAAUGUAGCACCCAUCCAAAUCAUUACCAUCUAGAAUAUAUCUCUUCUCUCAGUGUGGUUUUGGAUAAGACCUACUUUUUCUAUUUCAAUUUUGUCCCUGCAUAAGCGAGGAAAACGCCUGUGUGUGAUGAAAAGGGUUUCUCUCCUUUUCAAGUUUAUUCUUAACCCUUGUCUUCUCCUUGUUCCCAACUUUCCUCUCACUUUUCUUCUACCCCUGAAUAAUCUCACUGCGUAUUUUCACUCUUUAUCUUUCCUGUAGCCUGGCCAGACACCCACUUUGGCAUCACCUUUCCCCCAACCUGGGUGAAGGAGGGCAACAGUCUCAGCCUGCAGUGUACCUUCACCUCACCUCUGCUGCCCUCUAGACAUGAGAUCACCUGGUUCAGAGAUGGUAAGCGUCGUUUCAGAUGAUAUAAAUCGAGUGGAUUUGUGCUUCAGGUGAUGCUCAGUUCAUGUUCGUCUUCCUCCAGGCAUCCAGUUGCAUCAGUCCAGCAAUGUGGACAUUAAGACAGAUGACUACACAGCCUCUUUCACUUUACAAGCUGCACACAAGGAGCAUGAAGGUGUUUACACUGCCCGCCUCAGGACCUUUGAUGAAAUCCGGGAACACAGUGCUUUUGUCUAUGUCAAAGGUGAGCACCAAAAUGAAACCCUCUUUUGUGUGUAUAUUAUAUAAAUCCACCACUUUUUACAUUGAGUAUUACAAUUACAAUGCUCACCUUCAAGUGUGUGUGGUGUUGCAUGAUUCUGCAGAGAUCAUUAUCAGUGUUUUUCUACUCUGUUGCAUACAGGAUCACUCUGAGCCUCAGUCUUGAAGCAGUAGUUGAUAGCCUGCAGCUAAACACACUGGUUAGGACAACCUGUAAUUUCUGGGUUACGUACUGUGUUUUCCUGUUUGUGUAACAUUGUGUGCAUCACCUGGGUUCAUCAUGGACGCAAUUGCACACAGUCUUGUCUAUGCACUUUGCAUCUCACUGGAGGACACCUCCAAAGAGCACACCAGAGAGCUCAGGUCAUAUGCAGCAACAUAAUUUCCAAGAUGAGAAAGGGCAAAUUGAUCUUAUUGAGACAGUGAUUGACAAAUUCUUCGACCAGACCUGUGGUCAGCACACACUGUCAACACAACUGUCGCUUAGUUUUCCUAGAUUUUAGUUGUACGCUUUCUCCAUUUAUUUUUGCAGGUUUCUAAUUGAAAUUCUGUCAUGCCACCCAAUGACACAUAGUACAGAUAUGGAUGAGUACAGACUUGGUCUAUUGGCUUGUCUCUGUAUCUCUCUGCCAUUGUUGUCCCUGCACAUAUCCACUCUGCUUCUACACUGACCCUACCAUUCAUGUUCAAACUGCAUCUUAUAUGUUGCAUUCACGUUUUAAAAAGUGCACACCAGACGCAUCAGUCAGAUGCAAAGUGCACAUGGUAGUCCUCAUACCAUAGACAAAGGCACAUACUGUAUAUCUCUGGACUUGGAGAUAACACAUACAGCAAACGGGGAUGUGUUGCUGUAUUCACACAAAAUCUGUUAGUGCCAAGGGUGUGAGGAGGUGUGGGUGUGUUUAUUUUUGUCUUGGAAACGUAGCCAACGCAGGAGAAAUCAGAGAAUGGGGUUGUAUUCCAAUCUACUUCUUUGUUCUUGCCAAAGCUGCACCUUCUCUUUUUUCACUGUCCAUCUCGCUCAUUGUGCCUGGAGGGAGGGGCCAUCUUUUAAAGGUGUGUUAACAAACGUGUAAAGCCCUGUCUUGUUCUGCGCUCAAGAGUAACAAAAGUUUGGAAAAAUUAUGCUAACGAGAGGGAUCUGGCUGUAGACCUCCACUGAAAUAAAGCCCCAAGAAAUAAAAUAUAUUCACAAGAGACAAAAAUUACGUACUUCCCGGUUUGAUCGCUUUUGAUUUGAAAGGCUUUGAAUCAACUUCUGAGGUAAAAAAUUAAUUAAUAACAAAAUAUAAGCCUACUCCUGGAUUAUUAGCUUUUAUUUUGCAAGGCUUUAAAUCAACGUUUGACAGAAAAAAAAAGGUAACCCCUGGUAUAUUUGCUUUUAUUUAGGUUUAUAGGUUUAUAAUCAACUUCCGACGUUAAAAAAAAGUACUUCCGGUAUUUUGCUUUUAUUUUGAAAGGGUUCAAAUCAACUUCGAAAUUAAAAAAAAAAACUCCUGGUAUUUUUGCUUUUAUUUUGAAAGGUUUGAAAUCAACUUCUAAUGGAAAAAAAAUAAGUUAAAUAAAAUACUCCUGGUAUUUUUGCUUUUAUUUUGGAAGUUUUCAAAUCAACUUUUGAUGUAAAAAACGUACUUCCGGUACAUAUGCUUUUAUUUUGAAAGGUUUCAAAUCAACUUGCAACAAAAAAUAUAUACUUCUGAUAUAUUUGCUUUCAUUUUGAAAGGUUUCAAGUUAACUUCUGAUGUGAAAAAAAGUAUACCCUGUAUACAUGCUUUUAUUUUGAAAGGUUUCAAAUCAAUUUUCGGUCCCCACAGUGGAGGUGGGUCCUGACAGUGGAGAUCUCCAGCCAGACUGUCUUGGAUUUUUUACAGGGCUGUUGACCUUCACAGUUUGUAUCCCCUGAUUGAGAUUGCGUGCUUGUCAUGGAGACCACAGUUAAAGACUCAGUCCACAGUGACACAAAGCAGCAAUCCUCCCUUAAAAUGAUAGCUAGAGCCUCCCACAGCCUGCCAACCUGCAUCCCAAGUGAGAUGGAUUGUAUUUGAAUAACCCAUUUGUUUUUUUAUAUAACUGAAAGUGUCACUCAUACGUGACCUUGCAAGCCUUGUACAACAAUUCUGCUGUUUUUGUAGAUGGCAUCAUCAUUUGUUGUCCCAAACCGGAUAAAUGGUGUUUUGACUGAAACCUUCACUCAAAACACAAUUUGUAUUCUCCAGAUUUUUGGCUCUACUUUCAUUUCCUGUCAGCGAACUACCCUGAGUCAUAUGGGUAAAAAUUGCUCUAUCAAUCAAGCAUCUCUAGCUGUAGACCGCUUGUUAACUUUGUUCAGUGAAACUAUAUACAUAUAGACUUCACACAGAUUGUUGUUUUUUCCCUCAUAUAGAUUGUUUGCAGCAUGCAGAGAAACCAAAAGAACAACUCCCACUUGACUCAUCAAACAUUUGAAGUGCGUCUGCUCGGCUCUGCAGAAGGGCUUGACUUGUGUUUGUGUUUGGAUGAAUUAUCAACUUUGAAUUUAAAGUGCUACAGCUACAGUAAAUGUGCGAUGAGUCUUUAAACACUCUCAUAACCUUAACUGAAUAAACAUAUACAUGUAUACGAACUUAACGCAAAAUGAAUCAUCCUGCAAAGCUUCCAUUAAAUUUACCUCUGGUGUUUUUUUUCCUCUUAAUAAAACGUUUGAUCGUUACCCGAGCUAGAGGAACUAAUUAGUGAUUCAGCAAACUUCCCCAAGUGUGGAUUUUCUCCUCUAGUCUGCCUUCAUAUAUAUACAGUAUUUGCAUUACAAAAGAGCGGUACAGAAAAAAAAACAAAUGAAAAAGAGAAGGAAGAGGAGGAACAUGACAGAGAUUUUCUCGACGCUGGCUCGAGUCUUUUGUUGCAAAAAAAACCCCCAUAAUUCCUCGCCUCAAGAAAGGUUUGUGAACAUGUCAUAUCCGAUCAUUUCAAUCCGCUUAGCAUAAUGUCAUCAUUCCUAUUCCUCUCAUUUCUGCAUCUCAUUACAUCCACUGGCAAUGAUUAUACUUUGUAUAUAUUCAAAAACAUGUGCUAAUCUGUGUCCUCCUACAGCUUUAGAUAUCACUUAAAGUAUAUGAAGACGUCAUAAGCUCCAAAACUUCUUCACUCAAAGUUUCUGUACUUUUUCUGCUCAUGUUUUUCCGUCUCAUCAUCAACUUGACUUCAGCUGUCAUCAGUUUCAUUUUUUUGUUUCUUUCCUCUUUCGGUUUCGUUUGUUUUUUCUGUACUGUCUCAACUUUUCUUUUCCUGUUUCUUUCUCUGUCAUCCAAACUUUCUCCUCCUUUCCCUACAGAUGCAUCAGCUGCAGUCCUUGGAGGUCCUGCCUCCCCUCUUGCCGUCCAGGUGUCUGAUGUCAACAAGGAUUAUGUCUUUCUUACCUGGCAGCCACCCAGCGCUGAUGGAGCCUCACCUGUGCAGGGAUACUACAUAGAGAGGUUAGGUUUGGCUUUAUCAAUACAGUAAAUACAGUUUAGCAAACUUGUAAAGACUAAUAGUCAUCCAAACUUAACGUUAAGUAGCAUCGAUGGAGGAGUGGAGGAGUUCAAGUAUCUCGGGAUCUUGUUAACCGAUCUGUCGUGGUGAAGAAAGAGCUGAGCCGGUCUAUCUACGUGCCGAUCUUCACCCAUGGUCAUGAACUUUGGGUAAUGAUCAAAAGAACAAGAUUGCAGAUACAAGCGGCAAAAAUGGGUUUCCUUCACAAGGUGGCUGGGCUCAGACUUAGAGAUAGGGUAAGGAGCUCAGACACUCGGGAGGCGCUCAGAGUAGAACCGCUGCUCCUCUAAGUCGAGAGGAGUCAGCUGAGGUGGCUUGGGCAUCUGGUUAGGAUGCCUUCUGGACGCCUCCUGUUAGAGGUGUUCCAGACAUGUCCCACUGGAAGGAGACCUCGAGGCCGGCCCAGGACCAGGUGGAGGGAUUAUGUCUCUUGCCUGGCACGGGAGCGCCUGGGAAUCCCGGAGGAGCUAGUGGAAGUAGCUGGGGUGAGGGCUGUCUGGGUUUCCCUCCUGAAGCUGCUGCCCCUGCGACCUGGACCCGGAUAAGAGGAAGAAAACAACGACGAGCAAUGAUGGAGUUUGACCACUAGUCAAAGAAAUAUGAAUGCAUGAAUGUUCAUAAUUUCCAUCUUCUGACCAAAAAUGUUGACUUUUCUUCUUCAUUUGACAAGUUGAGGAAAGAACUACAUAGCAAAUGUCUCUUUAUAUCCACUUACAAUGAUUUUAAAGGACAUUUAAAGGAAAUGUCAAAAUAUUCUCAACUCAAUCAGUGAAGGCCCUCUUCUGGAAACUGACAAGCAUGAGUUUGAAUAUGAAGAAAAUUAGAAAUUUGAAGAAAUAAUAAUAAUAAUAAUAAUAAUAAUAGUUAUUUUUUAAAAGCAGAAGAGAGUUUUAAUGAAAACGAUUCAGAGGAGAGUUUUAAUCAAAGUGAUCCGGAUCAACAAAUCGUUCUUUGUGAAUCAAUUAAUCUCUUAAUUAAGUAUGCCGACUUUGGUUGCACUUGUAGGCAGAAAAAAGCAGAAAAUCCUCAAGGGGAGCAGAAACCGAACAAAUAUUUUUUUUAUUCUCUUACAAAAGAAAAUGAAAAAUUUGUGAUUAGAUUUUUAAAAUGAGUGAUGAUUAAUGUAAAAUCAACAUUUGACUUUUUCUGAUCACACUUUGUAUUUUAUUCGUUUGUUCUUUUUGGAAUUAAUUUUUUUGACUAGACGGGCGAACAAAUAAUCCAGGAGGGCAGGGAAGGUUGAGUAAUCUCUAAACACAAAUAGGUGAAUUUGGAAAAGCUUGCAUUGGUAUCAUCCAGUGGGGGUGGGAGGUGAGUCACAGAAAUAUCAGUAACAGAAGAUGUAAGUGAGAUUUAGGGGGAUGAGACGGGUCAGAGAGUCUCAGGACAUCUAGUGGAUGGAUGAAGAAUGGCAGUGCAGGGGCCCCAGAGAGGGGGGAACGACACUGAAGGGGAGGACGGAGUAUCAGACUGGAAGGGAAAAGAACUGAAUCAAACUUUUUGACAAAAUAACUGAACAGAAACAUUUGUCUUCAUUGUCAGCAAACACGGGACAGACAAGAAAAAAGACAUUAAUCUGAGAAAUUCAAGUUCUGUGACUGCAUUUCUGCUCUGACUUUCUUCCCAAACUAGACUCUCAGUGAAAUCCUAUCGAUGUUAUCUCCAUAAUUUAGAUUGAAUUUAGAUUGUUUUUUCAACAAUAUCCUGUAUAACAAGUCAGCAGCAGACCUACAGGUGAGACUUUAUAAUAGAAAUUGUGUUGAGGCAGAUAAAGCCGGCGGUGGCUUUGACCAUCUUUUUGGCAGAGUGCACAUGAGAUGGAUGAUACAGUCGGUAAUUAUCAGCCCUCAACAGUAUGUUAACAUCAGAGUCAAAGACUCCCGGAGGAGAACAGGUGCUGCACUUAUCCACAAUUAUCAAUCACAAUCGUCCUGUACAUAAGUAUUUUUAUUCCUGUGUUUACACGCAUGUAGAGAAGAAAAGGCAUGAAUGUUAGCGUGUUUUUUUGAAUGUAUUUUUGUAUUCUCAUGCACUUUAUUUCUUGUAGAGGCCACGACUCAUCAUGUUGUUGGUUAUUGGGCGAGGAAGAGAAACAUGAGAUACAUCCUAGUUCCCUAGCAACCUCCUUAUGCUUAGAAAAACUGCACUCUUUCUUUUCUUUUUGUUUUGUUUGCAAGUGGCAGCAGUUUGUUAUUGAUGUUGUAUAAUCUGAGCUUGCAUUCCUCUUGAAAAAUCUGUUUGUAUUCUUUUUGGAGGCCCAUUAUUUUCACAUGAUGAUUUCUGGUCACAAUUAUAGGUCUUGGUAGGGUACUUACUGACUUAGAUGUAUUGUUGUGCAGACUGAAAUUGUUUGCAAUUGUUUUUAUAAUGUUGCACCCUGCAGAGAGCACGCUAGGUGGUUCAAACAUUACCCGUUUGGUUGUUUGUUUACCUCUCUUUCUGAUGUCUGUCUUUCUUUUUGUUAUUACCCUCUCUCUCUUAGAUGUGAAGUUGGUCAGACUGAGUGGGUGCGCUGUAAUAUGCACACCCAGAAAAUGUGCUGCUACCCGGUGUUCGGGCUAAAAGAAGGGACUCAGUACCAGUUCAGGGUUCGUGCUGUGAACCAGGCUGGAGCAGGACGUCCCUCCAUGGCUACAAAACCUGUUCUUACUGCUGAUCCACAGGAACACACCAGGACUAUGGGUAACACACAACACACUCUUGACUGUCACCAUGUGUCAACUGCUGAAUUAAAAACACAAAUUUACUAACAGACUCUAUUUCACUUUUCUGAUUUGUUAUUUAAAAUAAAAUGGAGACUAACUCCAGGACCUGGUAAUUGGAGAUGUUUGAUUGUGGCUUGAAUUAGAGAGGGAAAACCCCCCGCUGAAUGAGUUUGCUGAUCCUGAACUCCUCUCGGAAAACCUAGAAAUUAAUGCAGUAUCGCACAGUCACCAUGGUAACACAUUCAUAUCGCCUUACAAGGAUGGGUUUUUUAUCCUGAAGAAACAGGUGUGUUGGGCUUGUGAUGUAAUGUGUGCAGCUGGGAGCUUGUUAGACACUGAAUGAAAUUACAUAAACAUGGCAACUGCAUUUAAAUGAUCACCCCUGAAAUAUCUGGUAUGUGACGACUCUUUUUAUGUUCUAAUCUAAAUGAAGGGUAAGGUUCAGUCUGUAAUUUUUGACCUAUUUGUUCCUUUAUAAGUACCAUAGACUGUAUAUGGAAUGGAUGCUGUCUGCCUCCUCGCUGGGGGAAGCCACCGUGAGAACAGCACUCUCUGGUGACGGGCUGCAGUGUAGGUCAUAAGGCUGCAUUCCAGUUACCUCGGAUGCCGGAUGUCGGAGCUGGGAAUGACGCUACACCCGUGUUGACAGCGUUACAGUUAACAAGUCGGAAAACUUAGAUGGACGCCUACAGUUACCCGGUGUUAGCUGUUGUUUUCAAUUGUCAGCUGUCUUUAGCUGUUGUUAGCUAUACCAGUUGUAAACAACGCAUAACACAGUAUUUUACUCUACAAACACCAUAGCACCGUGUUCACAGUUAGACGUUGGGCAGUACAACAUAUACCACUUAUUUAAUUUCACAAAAACAUAACAGAAGUGCUAAAAAAUAAUACGUUAUGAGAGUUUUCAUCGUUACUCUUUACUGUUGAUGCACUGCGCUGCCAUCUUGGAUUAUGACGUUGUUGUCAAGUCAGGGUUGGCGAGAAUCGUCCGAGUUUCCAAGUCGAAAUCGGACUCCAGUGGGGCGUUCCAGAUGAAUUUUCAACUCGAAGCUUGGAAAUCCCGACUUCCAAGGACAUCUGGAAUGUAGCAUAAAUCCCGCCUCCUCCAACAAUCCCUAUGGAGCUGUGGACAAACUUUAGAAAUUUAUUACACAGAAUAUACAUUUUUUCCCCCCUGCUUGCGAUGUUGACAUGUAGUUACAGUAAGACUGGUUUGUGCUCAAGUCCUGUUCUCUCUGUGCAGCUCCAUUUUUAAAAGUUAUUAGGGGGUUCAUGUUUACUAUGAUUGACAUUUGAUGUAGCCUAUAGGCGUACGAAGAUUGCGUCGCUCACCCGGGGGAUUCGCUGUUUAAGCGUCAUCACAGUGACUCUCCUGCCGUAUGUGUACAACGCUACUGCGCAAGUGGUGGUUCCAGGAAGUGAAGAAAAUCCUGGAGAUACCGAGAGCAAUUCGGUUUCAAAUUUGUAUAAUGACAGAAGGCGGAGCCAAGUUGUCCAUAGUAUAUACAGUCUAUAUGUAGGUUAAAAUACACACAUAUGCAUAAAUAGGACCCUUUGAGAUGCACAAAUGAGGAGAUGGUACUGAAGCCACUCUCAAAAAGUUAACUCAGUUGCAUUCUGGGUAAUAUAAGACAAAUAAAGUCUUUGUUUAAAUGUUUUGAACCUAGUCACUCACCUCAAAUCCACCAAUAUUUUAAAAAGUGCAACUGAACCAGAUCUGAAUUCUUUCAGCAGGUUUUUUAUUUCUCUGGUCAAGACUAAAUAGACCAAUUUACAGGUUGGAUCCUGAGCAAAUACUAGCUGUGAGAGUAGCUUCAAGGCUCUUUGUCAUCCUUUUUACAACUUCUGAAUUUCUCCGCGAGCAAACAAAAGCUGCUUUACACAAAGGUUUGGAGUAUUUUGAAAGCUGCAUGUGUAACACUUUGCUUCAAAACCUUACAGAUUUGUUUGGUUAUGUUGUCUUAAGUUUGAUGACCUUUUUUUUUAUUAUUUAUUAAAAAUUUCUUUGAAUUGUGAUUACAAAGAGCACCAGUGAUGUGUUUGAGACUCUUUCUAAGUGUUGGUUCACCUGUCAACUAUAUAAGGCUUGCAGAAUAUUCACCCUUCUUGUAAACGGAUGAAGAUGUGUGGGUGUGGAUAUUACUUUUGAGAGCCGGGAGGAACUGCAGUGGUCUCUGUAACAGCUUCUUAAUGACAUCCUGGAGUGAAGCUUUUUUUUUUAGUGGGUGACUUUGAGGUGUUUAGGAUUCGUUAAAUACUUCUGUACAGUGGGGGAAUGAGAACUAUUGAAUGAAAUCCAAUGUAGAGUACACCAGAGAGUGUGUGCGUGUGUGUGUGUGUGUGUGUGUGUGUGUGUGUGUGUGUGUGUGUGUGUGUGUGUGUGUGUGUGUGUGUGUGUGUGUGUGUGUGUGUGUGUGUGUGUGUGUGUGUGUGUGUGUGAGUGUGAGUGUGUGUUAGACGGAGGACAGAUGGGCUGUGGUCAGAAGCUGUGGAUCAUUAAACACCGAUGAAGGACGGGCAGAAGGUUGACUUGCCUCCAGCCUGCGCUCCAUCCUUCCAUGUCUCUCUCUCUCUCUAUCUCUGUUACCUUUUUGCGUCACUACCUCUCUUACCCGUGGCUGCUCCUUUAGCAUUAACACUAAUAGUGUUAUCAUGGCUUCUCAUAUAACUUCAUUACCCUAAUAUUCUCCUUCCUUUAUUCCACUCUCUACUCAUCUACCUCCCUGUCUCUGUCUCCCUUCUUUUCCCAGUGGUCAAAUACGACAGAGGAAGAAAGCUCACCAUUACAAAAGAUGAACUUGAAGGUGAGAACGACAUCUUUUUCCUGCCACAGUGUAUAAUUUUACCAUAAAGGGAUGCUAUUCGAACAUAUAAACGCCAGAUUUCCUGCAGCCUCUGUGUUUUACUGGCUCACAAGGUAAUGCCUCCUCUUCCUCAAGUUGCCCCAGGCUUGAGAGCUUAAUGCAUUUCUGUUUUAUAUUUAUCAACGAGCUGCAGUAAUUGUACAGCUGAGGCGAUGAGCAUUUGUUCCAUUUACAGAAGUGAAGAGAGAGAGCAGUCCCUGGUCGGCUCCUGGUAAAUGCACAUAAUGGCCUGAGGUAGUGUGAACGCCUGUGAAGAGGUCUGAUAACCUUGGAAAUGAAACUCACAGACAGAGCGAGAUAAAGGGAGAGAGGAGUAGGAGGCAACCAGAAAACAAAUGUAGCAAAGACAGGGCAUUCGUAUGCUCUUUAAUAAACCCUAUUCUGUGAUGAUUCAGAGCAAAAAGCUGAAGAGAAACACAGAAAACCACACAGGCAUGAGUGUUGCUCUAAAUAGCUGGAAGUUUCAUUCAUGCAAACCUAAGUACACACACAUUUUAAGUGCUUUAUUUGAAGGGGUAAUGUCUAAAUUUGCACAUAUUCAGUGUUUUCUGAAAGCUAAUGGGCAGAGGCACAUUUCUGUUGUUGACUUCGCCCUGCAGUUGAAGACAAUUGAUUCAAUAAACAGUGACUAUGAGGACCAUUUCCAUCUUUCCUGUCUGGUUUUAAGCAAAAGUGAGAUGAACAGAGAAAUAAUCAGGAAUGGUUUGGUAGAUAGACAAAGAACCGUAACAGCAUGUUUAGACCGAAAGUAAAGAUGAACAACACAUCUCCUUCAUGUGUUAUCCAAAAGUGACGCAAAAAUUCUCCUUUGAUUAAAAAAACUACACAUUUGACCUUAUCAGAGCUAAAACUGUGUAGAAAAGAUUGACUCUCCAUGCUGGGGUGUAGAAGUCCUGCCCCUUUUGAUGACUAAAAUCACUCACUGCAAAAACAGCCCUAAUAAAAAGAAGCAAAAUAUUCUUCGGUUCAAUCAAAUAAUCUUGUAUCGAGCAAAAAAAAAUCUGCCAACAGGGUAAGCUUUUUUUGCUUGACAAGAAUUCUUAAAAUAAGAACUUCUUGGCCCUGAAAGACUCAAAUGAAACUUAAAACUAGACAGAAAAUCUUAUAUUAAUCUAAUUUUUUCUACAGCAAGCAAUGAAAAAUGAAGAUGAAGUUAAAAUUACAAUUUUUAGUCUCUUGAAUAAAUGAACUUCAAGAAAAUUCACCUUAAUUUAAGAUUUUUAAGAAGCAUGACAAUAGUUAGCCAUAAGUUAUCCAUUUUCUCUUAAAAUUAGAUAUUUUUUCAAAUGCAAAACAUGCUUGUCAUUAAUAUACUUUUGUACAAAAAAUAAGACUUAUUUCCUUGAUACAAGGCUGUUUUCCUUUCUUGAAAUUCCUUUCUUGUUGUGCAUUUUACUUAUUUAAUAAAUCACCAAAUCUCUACAGACAACAGUGCAACAGCAUCUUGUGUGUUUUUAAACAGAGACUCCAGCGACUCUUUUGUUAGUUUUAGUAAUGUUUCUUCUCACUCCUCGCUCUGCCAAUCCAAUGCACACAGCACCCUAGGGGCUUCAUUUGUCAAACUUGUCAGUCAUGGCUGUCUACCCCUAUUUACAGCCUCAAAUAACUAAUUAAAACUAAAUUUCUUAUAAAAUAAACUUCUGGGUGUGAUUCAGCAUGAAAGGAACGCAUUAUAAUGACAGAAACCGUGUCGAAGAACAAUUUCUUUGUCAGAUAUUUGGAUUUUAAAGUUUAAUCCAUUUCCGGUUUGUUAACAUGGAGAAGCUGGCUUUGUGGUAUGUAUUAAAAACAGCCAGUGGGGGGAGCUGUAAUGGGGCGUUCACACCAAGCGCAAGUAAAAUCAUCUACUUGCUUAAUUCGCGCGUAUGUUGAUCAUGGACAAUCAUUUACUUCAUUCAGGCCAUUUGUGCAUCAACAGGCUGCUUAAAAAGCCGUGGAUAGCUGCUAAUGCUAAUUUCAACAGUGAUCCAACCGGCGAGAUCAAGUGAUAGACAAAGGUUUUUCACAAUUUAUCAAAUAAUCCGACCUCCUCACUCACUUUUCUCCAGGCAAGCUCCUUUUUAUUCCUGGUUUUAUAAAAAAAAAAAAAAAAAAAAAACUUGUCAAACAGCUCCGGGUAUCCACACAGUUUCCCACAUUAGUGAACAUCUUCCGAUCCGUUUUCAUUCGUCACCUGGGAAUCUUCAUGCUGAUUGGUUAUCGCGACAGGAAUAUUUGCUUGGGUUGAGAUAUUUUCAACUUUCGCAAAUUCGCGUUAUUCCCACAAAUUAUUUGCUUAAUUUGCAUCAUUCGCGCCGCCAGAGUAGAAAAAGCGUCUAAUCGCGUCUUUGCAUUGACUUUACAUGUAAUUCAUUCGCGCGAAUGAGUUUAUUCGUGCUUGGUGUGAACGCCUCUGAAGUGUUGUGGAAGUUUGGGGAUGUCAUUUCAACAAUUUUUCUACACAGAACGUACUUUAGAUACUCAACAGUAAAAGUGACAAUAAAAUAGGUCCGAAUGAUCAUUAAUUUAUUCCGUAGUUUAAAAGAAAUACAUCAACAUGAAGAAAAUAUUUGACCUCCAUUGGCAAACUGUCGGUCGUCUUAUCAUAAUAUAAAUCUGAAAUAAAUUUAAAAUGGUAAAAAAAUGUGAGGAGGUCAAAAAGAGUCUCCUUUCCUGUUCCUUUCUUACUUUAAGCCUUUUUGUUAUUUCGGGGUCUUAAAUAUUUUAGUUCAGGUUUGAUAAUUUAGCAUUUUGCCCUCAGCUUGGUCUUUGGUAAGCAGCAUGUGGAAACUUGACCUUUCUUGAACCCUUUCUUCGAUAUAUGUAUCAUGGGUUUCUUUGGCUGCACAGGGCGGAUCAUUAUUCUAGUGGAUGUGUUUUUUUUACACAUCGUGGAUCCGGACUACAGCCUCACCUUCAGAAUUAAACAUUAGCUCUUUAACCCUGAAGUCUUGGUUUCAUUUCAAAUCAAAAACACUAAAGUGCCGAGAUAUAACAGUGGAUACUUAAACCUAAUAAUACUUCAGACUGCACCAUACACACACACAUAAAGACAUUAAAUACUCCUGCUAGAUCAGCACCUCUAAUAUUUCAGCACCCUCUUUGGUCUGAAGUUCCUCUCUGAUCCGCACUGCAGCUCUGGAACUCUUCAGGGGAUACAAACAGAGUCAAAGGGAAGACUUUUGUCUGGAUCUGAACAGUCCUCUUGUCCUUGAGUCACUUGGCGUGUCAUUGAAAGUGUGCUGACUUCGGCAAUUGUAUUAUAUCUUAUUCAGGACUUUUAUGUAUGAGGAACUGAGGGGAAAUUGGGGCUGCGAGGUAAAUCUGUCCAAUCGUGCGCUUGACUUGAAUUCAUCACACGGAGGUGUAACGUAUUCUGAUUUAAAACUGAAAGAAAAUGGAGUACAAAAAAAAAGCUGCAUUUGGACUCUACAUUCAUUUUCACAGACCUUUUUCUUCCUCAUCCUCCUCUUCCUCCACCUCUCCCGUCUCUGCAGGUCAGGUCAAAGCUCCCCUACCUCCCACAGACGUCCACGCCUGUGAGGUGAGCGACACCUACGUGGUGCUGAGCUGGACCGAGCCCGAUCCCAGAGGCAGAGAACCGCUCAACUUCUACGUGGAGCGGGUCAGUCUUCACGCCUACACAUAGAGACACACACAGGCACACAAAUGUUUAUAUUACAAUAACUACUGGUUUCUCGGAGGGUAGUUAGCCCCUCGCCCUCUAUCAAACGCUUUCCUCUUGAAGGACCACAACAAGGUUUUAAGAGCUACAAAUCACUUUGCUCGUGGCCUCUUUCCAACUCAUUCUGCAAUUUUUCGAUUGGUUUCUCACCUCCAGGGCAGGCUUAAGUUUGCAGGUUGGCAAAUCGACAUGCAGACUCUUUAAACUGGCGUAAAUGGGCAAUCCAUCACUUGUACACCAAUUUUUUUGGUGAAAGUUUUGUUGAUAUUUAAAGUACAAAAGUUCAAAGGAAGGAUUUAAAAGCUGCUGCAUUCAGGGGAGCUCUUACAUCUGACUUAUAUCAGGGUUGGCUGUAAAAUUACACAAUGACGUUAAGGAGAAAUGAGAGAAAUAUGACAAAGAGGUUCCAGGAAAACCUUAAUAUUGCAAUUCAGUCUUGAACUCAUAAAUUCAUGGAAUUUUACAAACAAGUUUCAGGAUUUUCUUGCCAAACUGAGCAGCAAAUGUUUGUUCUUAGUUGUCACUGAGGUGAUUUAUUGUCUGCAGAAAAGAUAACUGUAAUCUUUGCUGUUGUUUUUUAGCUGAGGGAGUCUAGUGUUUUCCAAAAAAGCUUCUUUUGGCUCUGAUUUGUACAGCGAGAUAGCAGCCUUAUGAUUAAAAUGAUCUUUGAAAAGGCUUUAAAUCUGUAGCCGAAAUGUAUUAAAUUUAGGUGAACGUUUUAAAUCAGUAUGUUUACAUGCACAGUUAAGUAGAGCUAUGGUUAUCUCAUAAUUAGUUGAUUUAUUUGGACUAUUAUCUUUGUCGCACUUUGCUAGCACAGGACAGAAAUCUAAUUACUGACAGAAGUAGGUUGACCUCCGUUACUGUAGGUGGCGAUGUGUCCCGUUUUUUUUCUUGUUGCUAUCUUUCGGUUGACGUAUCAAAACAGUCGGCAAAAGGCCUUAGCAAGGAAACAGUGAAAACACCAUCGCUUUUACAGCUCUGUACCAUUUGUUUGUAUGAUAGGAAGUUCAGUCUUUUUAACGUCCUUUCAUUGUGUUGAUGUUUUGUUUACUACCUGGCUUUCUAGCAACACAUCCAAGCUAUUUAAUUUCCCGCUCAAAGGCUGACGUGCAGACUCUGUUUGAUUUCAGUCGUGUUUACGUUAGGAUGACCAUAUUCUGGAUUCUGGAUUCUCAAAAAGAGAACACAACUACCUGGGGCGGAGUCAUGGAGUGGUGCUUGGUAGAUUUUGAGUUUUCUGGUGGGGUCAAGUGUUUUAACGCGCUUCUAACUCAGCAAACUCAAAACUUCUGUACAAAAACUGCGGACAUCUCUAAGAUUUUAUAAACUCCCCCCAAAAAAGAGGACAUGUCCUGGUAAAAGAGGACAUAUGGUCACCCUAGUUUACACAAAAAGUCCAGUUUCUGUUAAACUAAGGCAAUAACCUUUUUAUUUUUUAUAUGUAAACAUCCUUAAUUAGUUAAUUUAUUUUAAGAGAUGAAAAAAUUGUUAACACAUCUUUAGAGUGCAUCUUUUGCCGUACAACUACUGCACUCUCCCUAGGACCGAGCAUUUCCAACAACAGUGAAGGCGCCCACAGCAGGCAGACACAGUCAGCAGCUCGCUCAUGAGCUCAGUUGAAUAUUACAGCAGCCAGAUGUUUGCCUGCAGGAGAAAAAGAGGGCGAACUAAUAUUUGCACUGAGGGCAAAUGAAAUUAAUGAAAAAAUAGUUAACUGUUCACUGUUUAUUCUGUUUAUUCGAGUUUCUCUUUAAAGGACGCACUGAGGUGUAAAAUUACCUUACCAUAGAGCUUUUUUGCUACUACAACCCAACCAGACGUAUUCUCACUCUCUUGCUCACAAACAAGUGUAAAUACUUUAAAACACGACCAGCAUCAUCAUUAGUAACACUCACACAUCCUCUGAACACAAGGAUCAAUGUUCUUGCACCGUCACUUCCUUCACUCGUUUGUUAACUUUGUUCAGUCUGGUGCUGGAGCAUGAGCCGAAUAAACAGCAGGCCCCAACAACCUACAGCACUAAUCAAAGAGAAACACACACACACACACACACACACACACAUACGAGAGUGUGUCCUCCUCUGUGGUGCCAGUUUAAUGGGAAUUGGUGGACUCAUUAAAACCAAACAGACCUUGAUUUUGCUCUUUCAUGCCAUGUGCUUCAACACCGGUGGUUUGAUUGUCCUGCUUUUACUCUUGAAAGAUUCAUUCCCCCUCUCUUUUACACUUCAUUAAAAUCCACCUGAAUCAAAGUCCUGAGAUUUUUGUUUGUAUCUAAGAGUUGUAAAAAGUUCUUUCUUCUGUUUACUUCUUUAUCUGUUAAAAAUAAGUUUCCCAUCAACUCAAGAUUUGAAGUUGAAAUGGUGGUUGCCAGGAUAUCAUAAGUUCUCUUCCAACAUGUCAAACUACUCUUUUCAACAAUAAAAGGCCUCAGCUCUCUGAUAUUAACCCAGACAGCCCAAAGCUUCUGGCUCCAAUAAUCUGAAAACUGCCACAGGAAACAGAUUUUUAUUGGACUUUAGCUACCAGUGUAAUAAAACUGUCAAAUCUGUCAAAGGCUUUUGAAAUUACUGAAGUCUACCGCCUCACUUCCGCCUUUAUAAUGAAAGGAACAUUCAAAUAUUUCUUCGCCCUUGAGCAAGCUCUUAAUAAUCGCUCAUCUCUUUCAUAUGCCCCAUACUAUCAUUAGGUUUCUCCCCAACAGUGAGUCACAGAAGGAUAUAUUGGUAAAUCAGACUUCUAAAAUAGACUUAUCGUGUCAUAUAGCGCCAUUACCUCGGACAGAAAUGGAGAAAAGAUGUCCAGAGGAGUGGCUUGUUGUCCAUUUUGUUCAUGUCAGUCCAUUUUUUUUCUUGAAAACCUCUUUUCCUCUCCAUGUGCUCUACUCCUCCUGUAAGUCUCUGCCCUCGCCACCUCUGAUCUGCCAAUCUUUAUUCUUUAUGCCCUCAUCAGUACUUUAAUAGUUUGUUUUAAAACUCGAGAAUCUUAAGUUAACUACAGAGAAAAUGAGCUAAAAUUAAAUAAAAUAUGUGACAUUUGAAGGAGUUUUUGGCAGCCCUUUGCUCUUGUGCAAAUUGAAUCCUCGAGCAUAUUUGAAGGACACUGAAUAAUGAGCACAUCCCUGAGAUGAAAAGCUCUUCUGAUGUUAUCUUUGCACUUUUCUUACACCAUUCUUGGAUCAGUCUCUGGUAGAGACGAGCAGCUGGGAGCUGGCCAGUCUGGAUGUGGUGGUGAACUCUCCUAGGUUUCCAGUUUUUGACCUGGUCAAGGGGAAGCAGUACCGCUUCAGAGUGCGAUCCAUCAACAAGUACGGUGUCAGUGACCCCUCUGAGCCCAGUCAGCCCAUCUCCUUGGGCAAGCCACAAGGUAAGAAAAGGUGCUACUGCAGGUAUUUAUUCCUCUGCAGGUUAAUUUUGUGCUUUGUAGUUUUUUUUAAAUAAAAGAAAACCGAUUUUGUUUAUCGUUUAUAAGUUUUUCUCAACCCAACUGAUCGUUUUCUUGUGACACGGAGCAAAUAGUUUCUUGGUUUGCAGAUUUUUGUCACAAUUUUAACAAUUGUAAUGAUUCGUAUUGUCAUCAAAUAGACCUAUUGUACCUUUAAAGUAUAGAUCAUUACCUCAGUUCACUCUUUUUAGUUGCCGUUGAGACUAUGACUCUGGCCUUAUUUAAAGUGAGCAAUAAAAAAAUACUUGAAAAAAAUCUAUAAAGAGGAAUCAGUGGGGAUCUCAAAAUUGGACAAACAGAUAAUCUCAGUUAUAAAACAAGCUUUUUUCAUCUUAAACUUUUAUCCAGAGUUCUUUUUAUUUAUAACAUUUUCCUAACAUGCUUUUACAACCACUCAUCUACAUUUUUGCUCACAUCUCACUUGACGUUUAAGUUAGCCAAACCUCUCUGUCUGAUUUGCAGCUGGUUUAGAGGUCUGUGUUGCACCCCUGCGCAGCGUGCUGCAAGGGGAGAAAUAGAAAGAAAAACAGACAUGUAGUUGCUGGCUUUUAUUCCAUAAAUGUAAGAAGAGCCGCAAGCAACAUGCUCCCCCUGCUGGCUGUAAGCGGAAGUGUCUGGACCUGUCAAAACAGGCGAUUACAAACAUAAACUGGCACUUUACUAUUUAAUAAACUUUAAAGAUGAACUUAACUGUCAACAAUAUGAACUCUUUUACAUUUUUAUGCCAUUUUUACUGUUUUUAACAUUUUUAAAUGUCACUCAUAUCCAUCACAUCUGCAGCCCACAUCAGAACAACUAAACAUCUGCAUUACUUGAGCGUCUCUGCACCAGCUCCCUUUGCUCCUUAAGGUUGAUUUUAAGACUUUAUUAUUAAUGUUAAAAAUCAAUAAAUGGGCCAGCUUUAACAUUUCUCUUUGACCUUUUAAAAAUCUUGUUCCCAGGAAUCUCUGAUCUUAAUAUCAUUUGCUUCUGGCUGUUAUAAGGUCAAAGCUGAUGCUACGGGGUGACUAAGCUCCAUAACUCUUAAAUGCUCUACAAUCACAUAUUCAGUUGAUUCCCAAACUUUUAUUCUUUGACUUUUAGUUCAGCAGAAGAGAUUGUUUUUAUCUUCUUUUCUCUUUCUGGUCUUUACCAUUAAACUUUUUAUUAUCCUGUUGUUUUAUGGUUCUUUAUGUUGCACAUUGGUAGGCUUUGGAUGUUUUCAAAUCCACUUGUCAUUAAUUUUGAUUGGAUGACCGGAAAUAUGAUGAUUGAAUUAUGUGUUUCAACUUUUUAUCUGUUUCCUAUCAGCUGUGCCAGCUCCUCCUCACUCAGUCCUGGUCUUCAGAGACACAGACACCUCAGUGCUGCUCAAGUGGCAGGAGCCCAAAGACAAAGACGACAUCCUGGGUUACUACCUGUACUACAGUGAAGUCGGCAAACAAGACUGGCAGACUAUCAACAACAAGCCUGUGACCGACACCAGGUAAUGGUAAAGAGCUUGUUCUUUUGAAAAGGUUUCAGAGAAGGUACCUUGAUACAUAGUGAUGUUUUCUCUCCUCAGAUUCACAGUCCAUGGCCUCAAAACCAGAAAGGAGUACGUGUUCAGGGUGAAGGCUGUGAGUCGAGCUGGAAACAGUAACUAUUCAGACGAGUCUCAACCCAUCCUCGUCAAAUCAGCCAUUCGUGAGUGCAGACCGUCACAGCUGUCAUGAGCAACACAAUCCGAGCAUCAAGAACUUUUUUUAAAGAAACAUUUCUGAAGCUUUUCCCUAACUCACCAGCUACUUUGCAUUUGAUUUGAAAUGAGUUAUGCGCAGCGAGGGUCUUAGCAAAUUUCUUGACUACACUGAAAAGCCAAGAGGGGUCACAAACCUCACAUAAGGUGCUUCAUUUGCAGACGUCAGCUGAUUAAAUGUCUUAAAAACUCGGUGUACACAAGCACAUGGCUUGUGUGUCAUGUGAUAGAUUUCCUUGGCCCAGGACAGGAACACAAGCCUCACAUCACUUUGUGCACGGUGCAGACAGACUGUAACCGUGUGGUCCUUAAAUUUCAGUGAAGGUAUCUUCAGAGUGACAUUUUUGGGAAAGCCUUUUGCUGUUCAAGCACAGCAGACCCCCCUGUGGACAAAACAAGGUCUAUAAAAACAUGGUUAGGUACACAUUUGGUGGGACCUUACAACUCCCAUGAGUGAGUCAGGUCUUCUUGUUAAACAUCAUACAGUGCGUCUAACAGCUGGAUGAGUCCAUGUUCACAAGAGCGGCAGCUGAGUUGCAUUUCAAACUAGCGCCAGUAUCUAUCAUUUAUAUUAUAUCUAUAAUAUAGAUAUUUAAUUAUAUCUAUCUAUUUAUCUAUCAUACAAAUAUGCUAAUGAGAAUACUACAUGGUCAACACAUGUAUCAGACCCCAGUAUUCCUGGUCUAGAAGGAAUACAAAGGAGUAAUGGUCAUUUUAAGGACCUGAAAAAAACACUAUUAUUUGGAUUUUUAGGGGUGGUGAGAGUAUUUUCUCAUUUACAGAGUGAUAAAAACAGAGAUCCAAAGUCCCCUCCUCUCCCCCGUCUGACUCCAGUAUGUCAACAAAAUAAAACUUUAAUAAGAUAUUGCCUCAUUUAUAUAUUCAAACAUAACAUUUGACAAAAUUUGUAAUACAAAAAAUGUUUGUCUUAAUAUUAAUUAUAAACUUGGUAAGUUUCAUGGUGAUAUCUGUAAGUUCAAAAUUUUACCCUAUCCACCAGAGGUGUCUCCCCUGGGCGCUAUAUUUUUUUUGUAGGACGGUAGGGGACAAACCCCGCCUCCUUUACCUCUGAUUGGCUGGAAAAGCUCAUCACACGCUCAAGCCAAACGCGGGCUGUUGACUCUGUACAUCGAACAGAACAUAACAGAACAUUGUCGCACUUCCAAAUCUCCUAACCCAAACCCGACACACGAUGAUGUUUCACAGCCAUUAGGAAUAACCAAUCGGACUUCUAGCCAAUCAGAGUUGAAGGAGGGUGGGACCCCAUCUUAAAAAUGACACCUUUCUAGAGGUCAAACUUUGGUAAACUUUUAGUAUGUUAUUAAGGACACCUAAUACUUUAAAAAAACAGUUGAGAAACCUUUUGUUAGAAUUAUUUUAGGGUUGGGUGUGGUAGUUAGAUAUCUACUGACCUAUAUUUAAGUUUUUAAUGCAUCUAAAAGCCUCAGAAGAAACUCAUAUUUAUUCCUCUUUAGGUAAAAAAAAAAAAACGUAUUCCCCUUCUAGAAUCAUUCUUGUUUGCGACUUUUCAAGUAAAACAAAAACCUUGUUACAUAUUCAACUAAGCGUCCUCAUGUCAAUCUCCAUAUCCUGUCAUCUACUCUUAUUACACGACUGUCAGGCAGUGUCUGAAAAAUUCAAGCUUUAAAAUCUGCCUGAGGAAGAGCAGCUGACCCUCUUCGCAUCCCGUGCUGAAUUCUCCGAUAAUACGCUCUCUGCUGCACGCAAUACAGUGCAAUGAUGACUCAGAUUUGCAUGCCAUUCGCUGCCGGAGUAUUCUCACAUCUACUCUUCCACUGGGACAUUACCUGAGGAUAUAUGGCUGGAGUCCAACUCUAUGCAAGAAAUGCAUUUUAAUAAAACUGAAUAUGAGCUGAAUAUUUCUUGGGUCUCAUUUAGGAUUGCCUGAUAUUGGCCCACAGUUAAGAUUUUGCUUCUCCGGAGAGGAGCUGUAUGAACUGAGGAGUUUCGCUUUGUCAUUUCUCAGUCUAUUUAGCAGGAAUGUGUCUCUGCUGAGAUUCUCUCCUCUGUCACCUCUCUUUUGUGAUUUCCACCGCUUGUUCCAGGUGUCCCCUCUGCGCCCUCUGCCAUCGCCCUGCUGCUCUGUACUGGAACGGAGAUGGUGCUGAGCUGGAGGGCCCCUUCCUAUAACGGGGGAGACCCCGUGCGCGGAUACUACCUGGACCAGAGAGAAAAGGGCAUGGAGACAUGGAGAGAGGUCAACGUCAAGCCGGCGAAAGAGAGGCAGUAUAAGGUCAGAGACGUGGGAUAGCAUGUCUUACUACUGUUUUACUUUUUCUCUGUAUCCUAACGAGGAAAAAUAAUAACUGGAACAACCUCUGAGUGGCCCCUGUCUGAACAGCAUACCUGAAUCCAACACGUGGUAAAAAGAACCAAACAGCAUAUAUAGUAGAUCACAAAUGAGCCAUCUUACUUCAUUCCUAUCUUUGUCAAGAGCUGCUGAUGAAAGUAGAGGUAUACAAAUGGUUAAAAGUGACCGAGCGAGCAGCAUUGGUCGAUCGUGGAGAGAGUGGAGAGAGAGAUAGAGAGCACUGUUAUAGGUUAUGAUGCAGCAAAACUAAAAAAACAAGAAGUGCACAAGGAUGCAAUGACUGAUGAGACUAAAUUUGUGAGAAAAUUAUAAGAGACAGACCAUAGACUGUAUAUAGGAUGGACACCACCUGCCUCCUCGCUGGGUGAGGCCACCGCAAGAACAGCACCCUCUGGUGACGGGCUGCAGUAUAGGUCAUAAAUCCCGCCUCCUCUAGCAAUCCCUAUGGAGCUGUGGACAAAAGUUAGAAAUUUAUUACACAGAAUUUUUCUACCCCCUGGUUGCGAUUUUGACAUGUAGUUACUGGACGACUGGUUUGUGCUCAAGUCCUAUUUUUUCUGUGAACCUCCAUUUUUAAAAGUUAUUAGGGGGUUUAUGUUUUCUAUGAUUGACACUUGAUACAGCCUAUGGGCGUACGAAGGUUGCGUAGCUCACCCAGGGGAUGCGUUGUUUUAGCAGAGUGUCAUCAUAGCAGCUCUCCCACCGAACGAGUGUCUACAACGCUACUGCCCAAGCGGUGGUUCAAGAAAGUGAAGAAAAUCCCGGAAAUACCGAGAGCAAUUCGGCUUUAAAUUUGUAUAAUGACGAAAGGCAGAGCCAAGUUAUCUAUACAGUCUAUAAUACAGACAGAAGAAAAACACUCUCAUAAUGCAGUAGAUUAAUGUGGUAAUAUAUAGCUUUCAGGAAAAAUCUCAUUCAUUUUGCCCUCAACAUUAUGUCAGGAAUUAUUCUGCAUUCAGGGACGUCUUCUAUACCAGCACCGUGUGCAGGUCGGAAAUCAAAAGUAACAACAGGAUGUUGUGGUAACUGAUGAAUAGACCUAUAACAUAUGGAGGCUUCAUAGCAUCUGCAGACCCUGAAGUAGUGAGUGAAUGUACACAGGCUGUGAAAUGAUAACCUUGACCGCUGGUUUAAUAAUGUUCAUGCAUUUAAGUGUUUCAAAUGUGAUAUAUUUUUGGUCUCUUUAUUCAUCUUCCUUCAGUAAAGCAGACUAAAAACAAUUUUGAAUCCUCUGAAAAUGUCCAGCCUGCUUAAUGUCCAUGUCUUCAAAUCUGGCCCCAUUAUUAAUGUAAUUAAAUAACCCUGAUGUAGACAGUUUAAUUUCCAGUGAUGUGAGUUUUCUUCAGAGUGAUUGUACCUCGUCCAGUCUACUCAGAAGAAGACAGUGGCUGUGUCCAAUAUUUACGACCCAGUAUCCUGUUGCAUGUGAGGAACCCAAGGACAGCCAUGCAGGCACUCUGUGGAUUAUCUCCACUUCUUCCUGUCUGUCAUCCACCGUACUUAGUUUUCUAUUGGUGUCUCUAACUGUAUCAACACCACCUACGAUUAUAAAAACCUUUUAUUCCUGGCCGACCUUAAGUGCAUCUAUACAGAGCUGCUAACAUGGUUGGCCAUUCACAGCCAGUCUUUUGUCUAGUUCAUCCUUGUUUCCUUUCACCUCGUACUCUUGAAGACUUGAAAAAACUCUACACACCGCACAUGUGAGUUUGUAGUUUCUGGCCGUACUAAAGCAAAAAGAAAAAGUUAAAAUAAUCAAUUAAAAACUAAACUCAGCACUACCAAAAAGGCCUUUCUUUUUACUUACACAGAACAAUACAAAUUACCUCUCUAUUAAGCAGUUGCCUGAAAUUAAAGGCAGUCUUGGCUAAAGCUCCCUCAUCCACAGUGACUGUGUCACUAGGCAACUAGCAGUGUCCAUGGAGACCCGGAGCAAAGUUAAAUCUUGAACCUGUCUGGGUGAGAUUACAGGUGUUCUUAAUUAGACAUUGUUGAAAUAUGUUAUGUGUGAGUGGUUGUUAUUAGCUCCUGGAAUAAACAAAGGCAAAGUUAAUGAAAGAAAAAUGAAUGGGGUCUUGUGUUUAUCAAGAUUAUCCCUAAAUGUGGAGAAGAGGGCGUCUAGAGGACUGGCGAGUCCUCCUUUUUAACAAGAAGGAACCCUCUGUUGAGAAUGAGCAGCUCCCCCUUUUGGGGUAAAUGAGCGAUUUCAGACAUUUUCCUGUCCCCUACCUGCAUGAGCUGUUAUUCUAAUCUGCCCGGUGGCUUCCUGGAUGCAAUUUGGAGUAAUUGGAAUAUUGAUUGUGCCGGGAUUUCGUGCUAAAGGCUUGUUUUCCUUCUCUGGUUGAAACCUGAACAACAGCUUUCACAACUUUAGCUGCAAGAUGAACCUGUUACUGAUUCAGCAAGGGUGUUCCUGGUGUUAUUAACACCUUUUGAUCAAAAUAACACACUGAAUCAUCGGUAUCAUUAACUUUAAUAAAAGAGCAAAUAAUGCUCAUUAAAACCUCAUUAGAAAAAAAAGAGGUUUGCUUUAAAAACAAACUUGGGGGACAGAAGCACUGCCAGCAAAACUGACUCAAGAUUUCAUAUGAGAUGUCUAUAGAUUAAAGGGAUAUUCCGGCGUAAAAUUAAUUUAGGGUCAAACACACCGUAACACCGAGUUAGACACCCCCUCGAGAGAUGAAUGUUGUUGACCGCUUGCUUCUCUAGUUAUACCAACUUUAGUAACGACCGCACGAUAGCAAUACACAGCUGUCUGAGGAGCCAUAAACAAACCUCAAUGAAAAACGCCACUCUAUUGCCACAAAUAAUUCUCAGAACAGCACCUAACUUCAUCAACAGGACAUAUAGGGUCCCAGCCAUAGUACUAGCCACCAAACAUCUUUUUGACUUUGUCUGAUUUCUUUAGCAAAGAGACUAAACACAACUUACCUGCUGUCUUCCAGCAGCCGCUUGUUUGUAGCGAGACCUCAGGCCAGUCAAUUACGGACUUCAGUGGGGUGACGAAGCUCAAGGAAGAACAUUUAUGAUCAUUUCUUCAUGGAAAUACAAUCAGACCGAGACACUAAGGCAGAAGAACUACAGCGUCUGCAGUGCAAAAUGAUUAAUAUGGUGAUUAUUACUAAAAGGAAAUGAUAAAGUAAAGUAAAUGUGGUAUAACUAGAGAAGCAAGCGGUCGGCAACAUUCAUCUCUCGACGGGGUGUCUAACUCAGUGUUACGGUGUGUUUGACCCUAAAUUUAUUUGACGUCGGAAUACCCCUUUGAGAGUUUUACCCAUUGAGAUUAUACGAUAUAAUACAGCAAAAAAGUUGAAAAUGGACAUGUUUGACCACCGUUUUUUUGUACUUUUGUCCAGCCUCACUCAAAACCGUCAAACUAUAAUGCCGUAGUUUUCAAAAAUGAAGACUAAAAAACUCACUUUUUCUCUUUUGUUUAUUCAGAAUUGUAUAAUUUUCCUUUUUUCAUAUUUUGUGCCAUUUAAAUCAAACCAGUUAGAGGAGAAAUGUUCAAGCUAUGAGGGAUUCAUGGACAUGUGAGUCAUGACAAGAGGACCCUGAUACACACUAACUCUUUGUAGGGAAACUGAUGGACUGAUUUUCUCCUUUUAAGAGAAAACCUUCAUUAUUACUGUGAGCAGACAACUGUUCAUUAUUAAACCCAGUUUCAAACCACUUUAAGUAGAGUGUCAGGCUGCUUUUUUAUGACGAUAAAACACAGAUGACACUUUUUUCAAACCAGCUGCUGCUCUCUUAUUGUAAACAAAGACCCUGUACCAUUUAUUAACCCACUUAAGCAUGUAAAUAUGAGUUAUUUAAUUCAAAUGCACCCUGUUUGCCAUCUAGUGGAUAAAGUGUGUACAGUAUUCUCCUCUGUUCCGUAAAACCAUAUUAGUUUUGGCCCCUCACUGUAAUCCAUCUGCUAAAAAGAUUGUCAUUCCCCGUAAAUAUAGUCCAAGAAUGAGCUAUAGAGGAUAAAGGGGUUGGUAUGUGGGGUAGGGGAGGGGGCUAUUGGCUUUUAGACAGCAAUUGCUAUUAUUGUGAAAUCACCUCUCUUUGGUUGUGGCAAUUAGGGGGCAGAAAGCAACGGCAAGAAGUUCACAGCUGUUCCUGGACACGAUAAGGGCCUAAAAGUCUAAGUGGCUGUGAAUAGAGAGAUCAAUGUUCAGAUCAAUAAGCUUGAAUCUCUUCUCUUCCUGAUGCCAAAGCGCCUCAUGGGCUCAGUGCAAAAUGCUUUGGCAGCAGCAGCAGAGAUUAUACCUUGUAAAGUGCCUGCUUCAGUCAGGAGUGGUGUAACUAUAUGUCUGGUGAACUUUCGCUCCUUGAUGAUCUGAGCGAAGAGAGUCUCUUUACAUAAACAUGAAGGAGGGACGGUUUAAUGCUGCUUUAGCAAGAACCAACUUAAAUCUAACUUUGGGAAACAAACUGUAUUCAUGUUUAACUAAAAUCGAUAAAGAAAUAACAUUGAGUGGCUUAACAGGAUUGAUUCAGCCUCUAAUAGAGUCGAUCAGCUCGUCUGUGAUGUGUUUCCACAGGUUUGUAACCUCACCAGCGGACACUUCUACCAGUUCCGUGUGUUCGCCGCCAACAUGGCCGGUGUCGGGAAGCCCUCUGAGCCGAGUGAAACUUUCCUGUGUGAGAAGUGGACAAUGCCGGAGCCAGGUGAGGAGGAAAAUGUCUUUUCAUUCUCUCAGACUGCUGCACAAUCCUGUAUCUCUGCAUGUGUCAAAGUGUGACAGUUAGAUAAGAGAGAGCGGCUUGACUUGGAUAAAAGCAAAAUAAAUCAAUGUCAGCUAUCAGGGUUACUGCUGAUAUGAUUGAUGAAGCAUAUCUGUCUGACAAAAAGUUCACGUGCAUGAUUAGAAAAUCAACUUCCUCUUUUACCUCACUUAAGAGGCACAUCAGCUUUAAGCAGGGAUGAAUAACUUAAAAAUUUAAGGAUUUUAUUCUGCAUGCCUCUUAGUGGACAAUACUAAAACUUUAUAAGGGUGAAAUAAGGAUAAAAAGACUAUUGAUUAACUGUUGGGCACUACACCAUACACAACAAAUCCGUUUUAAUUUAAAGUGGCUCCAUCAGAAGUCCGUAUGGUCAUCUCUAAAGUAAAAGGCCAGGGCAAAAGAAGUACAAGAAUAAAAACAGGUUAUUUGCAUAUGACGCGAUUAAAUUGCCAAAUGAAGGCGGAGGUCAGCAGUCAAGAGCGUAAUACAGAGGCUGCUGUAAUAGCUUUAGUAAUAGCCUCAAGUUAGAGGUAGUUAGUGGACUUAAUUCUGUGAUGAAUAUGUAUGACUCGUCUUUUAAUGUAGCCCCGACUGGAGAGCCCCUUAGUCCUGAAGCCACGCUCAGCUUUAGUGUCUCUGUGUGAAAUUUUUUUUUCCCAAAUUGGUGCAAAAACAAAUUUGUAUGUUUGUGAGCCAAGAAUCUCAUCUGACUUAAAAUUUCUUGAAUUUUUAAUCAUUGUCUCCUUGAAUUUAAUGGUUUUGGUUAAAAUAAUUAAUCUACCAAAACAAAAGGGAAAAUUUCAAGAUUUUCUUCUUUUCUGUGUUAAUUUCUUCUGUUAGAAUUUUUUAACUGGUUAUGAAAUAUAUAUACGCAUUUAACACAUUCAAUCGAUUGUGUGCGCUGUUGUGCUCAUUUGACAGACGCAAUCCUUUGUGCAACCAAACAUCGUUUGCUCGUGUUUUUGCACACACAAACCUUUAGUAGAUUAGGCCCUUAGUCUUCACUGACUAUGAAGCCAAAAGGUUUAGAGCUCCCCCUACUGACUGUCUGCAGAAUAGGUCAUAUACCCCACCUCCCUCACAUUAACAGAUGGAUGGAACAUGAGUCAAACUAUGAAGUUUCUGUCAGUAUGGUUAGUUCUUAACAUGUUGAUAUAUUUUCUGAGGUUUUUUUUUUUUUGGUUAUUUGAUUUUAGGAAGAUGAUUGACUGACAGCCCUUUUUUUGCAGCGUCAGCAGGCUGUAUACAAUCAGAGUAACCUUCACUUACAUGUAGACUUGGCUCUUAUAUAGCCUGAGUGGUCAAAACCCCUUCAAACAAGUCAGAGCUGCAUCAGACACUCCAUGCUGCUGUCUUAAAGUUAUUACAUUAAGUGCAUGGUUAAAACUACAGUUGAAAAUAUCAGCAGCUUUUCCCCCUUGCAUGUGGACUGACUGAAAAAAAAGUUUGUCUCCAGCUGAAGAAACAAUGAACCUGAGAUAAUAAAAGUGAGAGCUACACCCUUUUAUUUUUAUUAAAAACACACAUACUGUAUGUUUGCACAGGCACACACACUUUUAAAGUCAUUUCAGCGCGUGGCGGCGCAGCCCGACAGCUCUGGCCCCCGCUCAUAUCAGCUUCUCAUGGCAUUAAUAUCGAGGAUGGAGAGAGGCUCUCUCGCAAAUGCCACUUUUAAAACGCAACUCAUUAAUCUUAGAAAAUGGGCUUUCCUGCAUGACUUCAAUAAUUUAAAAGUGACCGAAAAUCAUUAAGCAAAUUAACUACCACAUGCCAGCAUGAAGUCAGGAGGGGUAGAUUACAGAGAGUGGCUUAUUUUUGAGUUUAGUCCCUGGUUUGUUUUAUUAUUACUUCCUAGUGGUGACAAAGAGGGCUCUUUAUUAUAGAGUCAGGUUAUAUAAACAGGCUAAUAUAUAUAUAUUUUUAGUUUUAAUGGCUCGGGUUUUGGACACAAACACACUCCCUUCACAGUAACACUGACCCUGAUGUGCAGCGUGUCAGUGACCCUCACUCCUCCCUCUCUCAGGUUGUCCGUAUGACGUGGAGGUGAGAGAGGUUAGAGACAGCUCCCUCGUGCUGCUGUGGGCUGCUCCGCUGUAUGAAGGGAGGGGCCCUGUCACUGGCUAUUUGCUGGAAAUCAGCCAGGGUGACCAAUCAGACGAGUGGACAGCUGUGACUGAAAAUCUGAUCUCUGACACACAUUACAAGGUAAGAGUGUUACAAGCUCAAGAUCAUAAACAGAGAUUAAGUUCACUUGAAUACACUGUUUUCUCUGCUUUUCAAGAUUUUAAAGCCCCUCAAACAGGCCCAGCUGUUGAAAUAAUCAUGCUGACUAUGAUUGGUAAAUAUUUUAUGUGUUUCUUAUGACUUCCAGGUGUCAGGUCUCCAGGCGGGUCAGACCUACCGACUGCGUGUUUCAGCUGUCAAUGAGGCAGGAGUGGGCUGUGCUUCCCUGCCCACUGAGCCAGUUACCGCUCAGACCAGACCAGGUCAGCCGCUGUGGUUCAAGACGUACCAACACUAAUAAAAAAAACCCUCCCCUGAGGCCUUUAGGGGCUGGACUGAAGAUACAACAGCAUACAAAGCAGCCACACAUUAAAAUUGAUUUGGGAAAUGUUUAUGAGUGCCUUUAAUAAGCAAGUCCAACAUUCAGAGAAUUGGGAUUUCUGUUGCUUUCUUGCUAGGAGCGAGAUAAGUGGAUAAAUAACUCUCUUGUGUUUGAAUAUUAUGAAAGCAGCUCCAACAAGGAGACUGUGAGCUUAGCAAAAAGACUGGUAACAAAGGGCUUCUAGCUUCAUAAAGAUGAAGUGAUACAGGUUGGAUUAACCCUAGAGCACUAUCGCUAAAAUUAGUAACACCAUCACUAUCGCCGGGUGAUUUUUACCCGAAAUAAUAUACCCAAGAAAAGGUACUUGUCAUCAAAAUAUAUCAAAAUAGGACAAUUCGUGACAAAUUAAAGUAGUUUUCUUUUAUUUUUAACUGUGUAAGGUGCAAAGGGAGGGGGGAAAGUGCCAUGAAGGGACCAUAUAAACAUGCAACAAAAUAAUAUAUAGAGAGAGAAACUGUAAACUUAGUCUCUUUUCCACCCAUCCUGGGGCAUGUGAGUCUUCCCUGGUGAAGACUCGGGGUCCUUUGGCACAAUAACAGCUGCAGGCGAGAGAGAACUAAAGUAUGGCAGAUUUUCAGUGAGUAAAAAUGACCAGCUGACUAAAAUAUUUCUUAUCACCAUAUGAAUUCCCUUGAAAAUCACUACUUUGUAAUAGUUAUUCAUAACCACUGUGCUAAAUAAAGAUAGCAUGCAAAUUCCAGGACCACUCUUACUGACCUUAUUUCCUACAUGCAGCUAUGAAAUCCACCCAAAUCUACUUUACCCUCUAUCACCCGAACACGUGCCUGUAGGAAAAAGCAGGUUUUGGAUCAGGGAAACAAAUACGCCUUCAAAGAUGUCAAAGACAAUGCUGAAGUUACCCAGAGACCCAUGAUACUCAGACAAACACAACAUAAUGAAAAUCACGGAAACAUGUUUGGUCGGGUGAAAAUCACCCGGCGAUAGUGUUCCAGGGUUAACUUUCCAAAAAUGCUGAAAAAUAAACACCCACAACAGAUCAGGGAUUACUCCAGCAGCUUUUUUCAUUUCUAAAAUGUGUCAAAAUAUGUUUAUUAUUCUGUUAUCAUACAAAAUUCAAGAGGAAAUCAGUUAAAUUCAAAGCAUAUGCAUAAUAAAAAAGCUCUGUAUUAUGAUUCAGUCACCCUCUCCAUUCUAAUUUGAUGACAGUGUCGAUGAAAAAUCGCAGGCUGAACCAAACGUAUAAUUCUCACUUAUUGUCUUUUUCUUGCCUCAGGUACCAAGAACAUUGAGAUCGGAGUAGACGACGAUGGUUUCAUAUAUCUUGGCUAUGAAGCUGAUGAGAUGAACGAUGAGAGCGAGUUUCUCUGGGGCAAAAACUACUCCGAGCCCAUCGACGCUGGGAGAGCACAUGCAGAAACCAGCAAGAACAGGUGUGGUGGUUUCGGCUCAGAAUCGACUCUUUAGCUUUUACUUUUUGGAAAUCUGGUUGAACACAGGUAGUAUUUAGAAGAGAAACACAAGAGCAUCACAUUAAAUUCGAUUCUAAACAAACUAGGAGGGGGAAUAGAGGGAAUAUCUAAUAAGAAAUUACCAUUGUUAUGAAGAAACUAAUAGACUUUGCAUACAGACAUUAGAUUGAUUGAAUUAGCUUAAUUAAGCGCCACAUUUGGAGCUACUCUCACGUGGGUUUUCACUAAAUGUCAGCCUCUUUUAAUUAUCCGUCCUUGUAGCUUUAGGGGAGUUGCAUUCAAGCUUCCAUGUUCCACUUGCUGAUAGCUUGAAAAACAAUUUGAUUUUUAAGUCCAGUUGGCUGAAAGGCAUUUGGAUCAAAUUUGUCGUGUACAGACAUGUGAUAGGUAACAGCAUGAAACUUGGGCCUCUCGAAGACGCUCCCUUGAUACAUUUUUCUAUGUGUCUGUCAGGUCAAAGCUCACCUUCACAGACCCCUCUGAGGAGGAUCUGGGUCUCUACACCGUGGAAAUGAGUGACAACCCGGACCUGUCAUCCAGCUACGACUUCACAGCUGAAGGUAAACCGAAACAUGAGGGAGUAGGUAUUUCUAUGCAUCAUUUUAUGUUCCCCGACUGACGACGACUCAGCAGUGUCAUUGAAAAGCUGAUGGCAGAGGGAAUAAAAGACUUUUAAUUUGAAGGCUUUUCAAGUUUUUCAAAUAAUUAUUCCCCUCAGAACCUCUUCUGCAAGGUCAAACGUCUCACUAAGCAUCCAACAAAGCAUUUGAUCUCAAUCAACUUUCAGUCAUGCAAGCCAUAGUUCCACUGUGUUAGGAAAAUGUGACCGCUUAGCAAAGUUUAAUUAACCUUCAGAAACUGUUUCAUUACUUUGCAGACCUUGAGCGACUCAAAGAACUCAGCUGGCAAGUCAGGAACCCAUGUAUGUAAAGUCAUGUGUCACGUGUGACAGUAUUCAUACAACAUGUCCUCCAUUGAAUUCAGUAUUUCCUGAGGUGUUCUGUCGUUGUUUUUGGCAGUGAUAGCUCUGAAGUCUGGUUGGCAGGUAGAGGUGUCUGAGAAAGGUGAGGUCCGUCUUUGGCUGCAGACAGAGAGCCUGAGUAACGACGCGGAGCUGCGUCUCAUCUUCAAUGACCGGGAAAUCUCCAGUACCCCGGUGAGAACCACGGCACGUUAUUCUGUAAUAUCAACCAAUCAGUUCAUUAGUUUCUACUGAAAUAGCUGCAAGUCAUUUUUUCAUGUUUUUUUUCAUGGCGUCAAAUGCAAAGACACAUACUCAAACGCACACAAACCAGUAUUAAAUCCACUAAUGAGCACCUUUUGCAUUAGCAGCUAUAAAUACGUCUUUUUAAGGCAGCAGCUCUGUGCAGAAGCAGACUCAUUGGUAGACAGCCAUCUAUCCCGACUAGGUGGAUCAGAAAGUAGAAUACAGACAGAGUGAUGUAUGUACAGCAACAAUGAUAGACAACACAGACUUGUGCUAAUGAUGCUAAUAAUAAUAUUAGGAACGUUGCUGCAGUUCAGGAAGAACAAACUGAUGAUAAACUUUCUUAGACUGUGUGGUUGAUGUUAAAAAUCUUAACAUAAUAAAGUAUUGGCUCAGAUUAUACACCAGGCAUGAGAUCGGUUAAUACGUACAUGAAGAAGCUGUGUUGUUUGGCUAAGUUGAUAGUUGUUAUCCUGAAAACUUAUCAAGCUUGCUACUUGUUGGGUUGACCACUUGAUGAGUUACAUUUGAGGAAAAAAAUAAUACAUUGAUUUCUGUGAAAGCAUAACUAUAUAAGAAUAUAUACAAGGCCAAUCCUGACAGCCCAAACUUGGAUACGAAGACAACAGUUUGGGCUUUAAGGGCCUGUGUCCACUGACAGCAUUUUCAGUUGUCCGCAGCACCAGUAUCAGUAAGCUUCCCACUGGUUGCUAGGUAACAAAAGUUGUCUUACAGCACUUUUGUCCUCCUGACUGUUAAGUCUGUUUUAACCUUUUUGAAUAUUGAGAUAUCUGAUAACAGCGAAAGCCAUUGUAGGCUAUACAUGGACAAGAAACUUAGAAAAGACAGCAAUGUAAAAGUGUUUAUGACUGAGAGUGAUGAGAGGGCAGCAACAAAAUACAGCUGACAGUGAGGGCAUUUUUAUGCUUAGAUUGCUGAGUGCUGAAAAUACCGACUUCCAUUUGUUGUAUGUAAAAAACAGACAGAAAAUGCUGUCAGUGGACACAGGCCCUAAUAAGCACAGGUAAUGUGGAGGAGGAGCCUUCAUCUGGUACAGGUGUUAGUUUAAGUCAGACCAAAGCAAAGAUGAAAUUUGAACAUGAUUCAGAGGACCGUUUUGUUUAGUUUAUUCUGGAUCUAUUAUGUCCUGAAGUCUCCAGUAUGUUAAUUACCCAGAAAAAUUAAGCUAAAAUAAUCAGUAUUUUCCCACUCAUUUUGUUUCUUUGUCUAGCAUCUUCUGCAAAAGUCAGGCUGAAAUUUGUGUGCACUUGAUAUUUAUAUGUCUCGAAGCUGACCUCGAAAUUCAUUUACUUUCAUAAAACAACUCAGCGAGAGCCGAAGCUAUUUGCAACCAAAACAAAAAGCAAAUUUCACAAACAUUGUUACCCUAUCAUUGACAAAAUAAUGUAAUACAGCGGAGAAAAUAGCGGCACAGUGAUUUCACCUGCCAUCUCCGAGACCCAAAACAAAGCAACACUAUAAUCAUCAAGGAACAUAAAGUGAAUGUGAACAAACCUUCUCAGCGCUGAUAUACGUUAUGACAUCAGGCUAAAAAUAAUCAGCGCCACCGUCACGGUUAUCGCGCCCAGCACUGAUGUGUCCACGGAGGGAAAAACAAACAUGACACACUGUGUUUGUUGUGAUUUCACAACUCUGUCGCACACAUUUUGUGCGUCCGUGUUUGUGUGCGGCGGGCCAGUGCUUCAUACUGAGUCGCUUUCAUUCAUCAUUUGUAUUUCAUUUUCAUUUAUUCCAUUAUUUCCCAAUAUCACAGCUCCAUCUGAACAGCACUGAUUAUACGUUAUUUCUAAAUGAUCACAGCUGAGGUUUGUGAAUUCAAAAGCCAUUUAGCUGAUUAGGGCCCUUAGGCUCGUCAUACAUCACGAAUCGUAUCCAGCAACGAGGCCCAUCAACAUGCAGAGCACACGCUUAUCUGGAUGAACGUAAAAGCCAGGAAAAUUAUCUGAAAGGCUGCUUCAUGUGUGUCCGUUUGUUUGUUUUUCAGUGUGCGUAUGUGUACAUGUCUGACAAAGAACGACUGUUCAAUCUGCGGUGUGUGAUUUUCAUUACAGACACGUUUCACGCACUCGUUCACACUUUACCACUUCUGUACGUCUUUCUGUACAUCUUUACAGCUCCUGCCUGUCAUCUGUCAGUAUACGAGCUGAUGUGUGCUGUAUGUGCGCCGCAUGAAUGUUUGCUCUUCUGCAGCACCGCAAGAUCAACUUUGACAAGGCCAAAGGUCUGGUGGAGAUACUGUUUGAUCAGCUCUCUCCGGAGGACCAGGGCUCGUACACGGCUCAGCUGAGAGACGGACGUGCUAAAAACCAGUUCACUUUGGUCUUUGUGGAUCAAAGUAGGUACCUCACUCAUUUGUUAUUAAGAUACAUACACUCUGCAGAGGGAGGUCAAGGGGAACAAUAGAGCUAAGUAGAAACGGGACUCCACAACAGCUGAGUUUCCUCUAAUUCCUUGUGGUGAUACUUAAAAAAAUGUGAUUGGCUGAGAUCAGAGCAGAAGAUGCGUCUGAUUUAAUAUCUUUUCUGGAAAUAAGCUACUUGUUUCUCAACUUAAGCAGCCAGCCCGCAGUAUGCAGAUUUUAGAGCCUUGUUAUUCAAGCAGAAGGACAGAUAGUGAGAAUUUACCACCAAAUGUUAUAAUUGUCAAAGAGCAGAAGUCUUGAGUCUUUAUGAAAAUAAAAAAUCCCAAUCAUAAAAAGAAUCCUCCAAAGUUUUCCCUGUGACCUCCAUCUUUUUAAAAUUCUUGCCAUGGCCUUUUAUAGACCUUCAUAAGAUUUAUUAUUUUGUUUUGAUUCAAAAAGAUGCGAAUAGUCUGUGUUUAUAAGUAUUUAUUUGAAAAAUACAUAAAUCAAUUUGGGGGAAAUGAAAUAUAUUGGUGAUAAUUGCUUUUUUAAACACCAUUUGCAAUCUGAAAUGUUUUAUAAAGCUAGCUUAGAGGAGUCUGCUCGUUUGCAAUCUCUCUCCAGCUUGUUCGAUGUUUUUUAUUAUAAGAGGAGCACGUUGAAUGUUAACUCCUCCUUUAGAAGAAAAGUGAAAACAUAUGUGUGCGAUGGAUCAUUACAGUCAGAUGAGGCUUGUUUUUAUUUCUUUAUCUUUUAAUAAAAGUGAUGAAGGGGUUCACCAGCGGGGUUUCAGUUAUACGACAUGCAUCUUAAUCACCAAACCAUCACAGCGUCUCAGGAACUAAUUAAAGGAAACACGAUUCAGUCUUGUGAUGGACUCUGCUGAUGUGUUUCUGAUUACUGAAGAGUCUCACAAUAAAUUUACCAUGUAAAAUUUGUUUAUUUUGAAUAUUGUUUCUCAUUGGUCUACAUCUGUGGUGCUAGGACGACAACAGCAAUCAUUGGGUUGAUUAUACAACACUGCAUUUCAGUGAUCCUCUUUCCAUUAGAAAUUGCUUCUUUUUCUUAUUUAAAGCUUGGAAGAUUUAAAUGUUGCCACUCAGUUAUACUUUUUAAAGUUUGGGGAUGACUGUUUCUAUAUUGUAUACACUAAAGAUCAACAGCUGUUGAAUUCGGGAGAGACAGGAAGGGUAAAUAAAUGCUGUAUGUUCAUUAGGGCUGGGCGAUAAACCGAAAAAUUACAGAUACCAAAAUUUAUGGUAUAUUCUGUGUAAAUAAAUCAAAGUUGGUUUUGGAUGUGUGUAGGUAGGCUACGGUCUCAUGUCCCUUUAAGACGCUGUUCUACAUCAGAGACGUGAGUCCACCCCAUCCACUCUGUAACAAAGAGGGAAAGACAGGUGAGGAGAUGGAGUUAAUGUAGGAGGGGGUGAGCAGCUUGUGGAGUAGUUAUCAUCCAUUUAUCAUUAUUGAAGAGAACUGCUCAAUAUAUCAUGAUUUUGAUUUAAGGUUCAUAUAGUCUUUUGACUGGGGAUGGGCCACCCUAGUCUGAGAAAGCUAUGGACGCGCCCCUAUACUUCAAUUUCCUGUGCUUAGGUCCUUAGUGUACUUCAACCUGUUUGUAGUUUUGUUUAAUAAUUCAUAAAAGGAAACCUUCAGAAAUAAAGAAAAAGUAGUUCACUUUCCUCAACCAAGCCAACAACCAGGCCCAGGCGUUGCGAAAGAGUUGUAGUAUUAUUUACCAACCUACAAACAGUAACCUUUAAAGCAACAGGUUUUCAUCACUUCUCUCCAUAUAUCCUUCAUGAUUGAAUUGUUUUUCACUCUGUUUGGUAUUUCUGUGUCUCUGUCAGAGUUUCGUCAGGCGCUGGCCCUGGCUGAUAAAAACAGACGAGACCAGCAGAGAAAGUGCGGUGAGCGGCCGACAUCUGUAACACACUUCCACAAAGUAAACACAAUAAGAGGGUUAGCUGCUGCAGACUGUGUGACUCCACGGCACCCAAUUUGAAGUUCGAUUGUAGAGAAUAUUCAUGUUUAACCUACCGCUGAAAGAAAACCUGUGUUACAUCAGGAGUUUAUCAAGUGAGUGAGAAGCUCAGAGAGAAACAAACAUCACUCAAGGUGAAUUUGAAACACCUUUUAAAAGAUUUAUAUGUGAGUAACACAACUAUCCUCUUUGCUUCACGUUUGUAACACACAAGCUCCAUGAGAGGAAGCUUCACAUAUCUGCUUCAUGUUGGGCCUACAGCACAUUUUCAGACUUGCAGGCUACAAAAUGAUAAUUAAAAGGAGCUGUUAAUUCUCUCUCUUCGUAUGUAAAGCAGCUGUCACUGUCAGUUUUCAGACCAUCAUGCAUUUGGAUGUUUCCACAAAUGUAAUUAAUUAACUAAGUAUGAUGAAUUUACGUUUAAUUAGUUGCUCUGAAUUAAUUACCCGUUGAAAGUCUGUGUCUCCACAGUGUCAGUACAAAUGAAUAAUCAUGCUCUCUUUUUUUUCCAAAGGGCCAUAUUUCCUGGAGUUCUUGUCGUGGAGUGUAAACGAGGAUUGUCAGCUGAUCAUGAAGUGCAAGGUGCUUUUUCAGAGUCCUUCUUUUCAUUUUACCUUCUUUCACAGAUGACAAAUUUACCAGUAUUCGUAGAUUGUUUAGAGCUGAGACAAUCUUCCAGUUUUUUUUUUGCUUUAGUUUGGUUAUUAAACUAAUAUUCGGUAACACUUGACGCCUUUCUCUAUAACCCAUUAUGAAUAUAGCAUUAUAAUCAUGUUAUAGCACUGUAUAAGUAUAGUUAUAAACACUCAUAAAUGAUCAUUAUGCUUUACAGCAAUAACCAUAACAAACUAUAAAGCAUUUUAUCAUGACUUACAAGGUCAGGUAUUAUAAUGUGUUGUGCUUAUUGUUAUGAAGCCUUAUGAUAACUAAUGAGUGUUAAUAAUGAUAGUUAUACAAGUUUAUAAGCAAAUUAUAACACAUCAUAAAUAUAUGUAUUAUCAAUGUGGGCAUUGUAAGUGAGUUGUUAACAGUUAUAACACAUUAUAAUACCUGACCUUGUAAGUCAUGAUAAAAUGCUCUAUUAUGUGUUAUCAUUAUUGCUAUAAAGCAUAAAGCAAGUUUAUAACUAUAGUUAUACAGUGCCAUAACGUGAUUACAACACAUUGUAAAUAUAUUUAUAAUGCGUGAUAGAGAUAGGCCUAAGUAAAGUGUUACUGAAUAUUCCAACAUUUUAGGGAUUUUCUAAGGUCCAUUUAGACUUUUCUUUACUUGUUCUAUGUAAACAUAUAUGUCAAUAUUGUGACACAUUAUUAUAUUUAUGUUAAUUUUAUCUGAGAUACUAAUUAAUAAGUUAAAAACUUUGUGCCGUCACUUUAGUUUGCCAGAUUAGAUUACAAAGAGUACUUUUUAUCUAAAGCUCUAGCAGGAUUAUGACAACAUAUUCAGUAUAACUAACGAAAAUCACUCCAGAUUAUGGCAGUAUAUUUUGGUUGGUUUCAUAGUUGGUAGCUGGUGGCCAGAUUAAGUGUGCUCUAAAAUGUAUUUAUGCUUCUCCCUGUUUUUACUCAUUAAAGUUCCUAUGAGGGUUUUUUUAAUAGGUCAAUGAGACCACUGAUGACAAGACUGACAGCAAAUAUUCAUGAUGAAUUAUAAUUUUCACUGUAAAAAGACACAGGAGAGAUUCCUUUGUCUUUUAACACUAUUUUCACAUAGAUGUGAUAAAAUCAUCAUUAUUAAAAAGGUUUCCAUGUUGUCCACAAGGGGGCACCAAAGUCAACACAAACGGAGAGUUCCUCACAGGAGCUUUAAUUGAUGCAGAUUUUAUUUACCUUGUUUUGUAUUAAGUGGAAAAACUUGAGUGGUGUCAGUUUUCCUUUUUUAACUCUUGGAAAGUAAAAGACACAAAAUAUUAAAAUGAGUUUUGGGAGCAGAUUAAAUCUUACACCUGAGAUUCUUCAGUAGAUAUUUUCUCCAUGAGUGCACACACAGCUACACUGAACAAGAUUGAAUUUGAUUGAACAGUUUGAAGUCAGUUAACUUUUGAGGAUAGUCUUGACAGACAGGAUUAGUUCAUGUUUAAUUCUCCUCUCUAUAUCCAGGUGACAAAUACAAACAAGGACACGACUUUGAAGUGGUUUAAAGAAGGCGUUGGGUUGACUCAAGUUGAGUACGUCCAAUCAUCAGGGGUCAGCACGCUCACAAUCCCACAGGUACUCAAGCAUCUUGAUCCAUUUUUUAGACCAUGAGAGGAAGUUUGUAGUGAGAUGAAUACAAAUAGAAAGAACCAGACAAGAUGUUACCUGGAAAUAAAAAAUACAUCAUAGCUCUUGUUUGUUCUCCAGAGUUAUACUCAUUUUAAGACAGAAGUUGUCAGUAAGUUUGAUUCUGUUUUGUUGUUUUUCUUUUCUCUCAGGUCACAAAGAAAGAGGCGGGUUCAUACAGAGCGGUGGUGUCGGACGGACGAGGAGAGGAUGUCAGCACUUUAGAUUUACUGAAUGACGGUGAGAUGAAUCUGAUACUCACCUUUUUAUUUCUGUGUACGUAAAAGUGCCACAAAUUCCCUGUUUAUGGUACAAAUUAGGGGAUUAAAUUCUGAAUUUUAUAGAUUUUAUGUUUUAUUUUCUAUCUCCAAUAUUGAGGCAGCCACCUUUUCUCAUAUACUUUAGUAUUUAUUGAGCUCCAAAGACAAUAUGAAACACCCUCUGAACACUGGAUCGUUCAUUUUAUUUACAGAGUAUGACAAGCUCCUGCAGCAGCUGAGCAAACAGUGUGGUGAGUUAUUAACACUUCUUCUUUACACAACACUGUUUGUGUAAUGUGCCAGUGAUUUUUUAUUUAUUUUUUUGUGUCGGGACAUAUGAAUGUGUUGAGCUCCUCUGAUAAAACAUGAAGUGUUUUAGAGAAAUUUGAGAUUUGUGCAAAUAAUGAGAAGCUGUGAUUUCUUUCUACAUGUCUGUGUAGCACUGUCGGCCAGCCAGCUGAGGAUUCAGAGCACCGCUGAAGGUGUCAUGAUCUACUCCUCACUCAAAUACUACAUAAGCCACCUGAAGAACAGUUGGUACUACGGGUAAGUCCGCCUACAGGGAAACUCUUUGACCUUACGCCUUUUACAUCCUCCUCUCAAUCGCUUUGUCGUAUCAAGCAGAUGGUCACGGUGUUAUGGAUGAUGAGUGUAUAGGAACAUCUCAGGGAAAAAUGUGCUGUAAUAAGAAGACACCUGUGCAAAGGAGGUCCAGGAAUAAUGGAGCUUAGCAGUUUUUUACUUGAAGUCACGGAGGAAUAACUCUGUAAAUGUCAAGCUACAAACAGAGGAUGCACACAAUACCGCAGAGCUCUAUUACUUCCCCCAGCAGGGCAGGUGUCCCGCUGCCUGCGAAGGUGGUAUACCUGCAGGUUCACAUAAAUAGACCAUGAAGAGAGGCUUCAAAUACAGGCCUUAUAUUCUGCACCAGCACACACAUGAAUAAAAGCAGUUUAGGCGCAUUAAUCGCCUGAGACGUGUCUCUUUAGGGUGGAAACUCUUGGGGGUUCAUCUUCGAAAACACGGGUCAGAGUUCAACUUCUUUAACGAGUUCAGCAGUUUAAUGUGACAGAAGAGGCGGAUCUUAAUGUCUGCAUACAAAUUUUCUAACAGUGCAGCUGGAUUCACAUCUGGACGACUGAUUCAUUCAAUCGUUCUGUUACAGCGAGUUUUAGUGAAGACUGCACAGAGGCAUGUCAAAUAUUCAAAGAUACCAAAACAAUCACUCUGAAGAGACAAAAGUAUUGAAUUAAUUCUUAAACAAUAACUUUAUCUAUUUUAUUUCUAUUUUAUUUCAUUUUAUAGCACCGUGUUUUAGGUUGAUCUAUUUUAGGCUUCAUUUCAUUUAUUGUAAUUGCUGUGAUUGCACUUUUAUCAUCCUGUGCAGCACUUUAGUCAACCCCAGUUGUUUUAAAGUGGCUCUAUAAAUGAAGUUUGAGUUGAGUUGAUUAUCAAUCAAUCAAUCAGUCUUUAUUUAGUGCUUUACACAGAAAAAGGAAUAAAAGAAACAAAGAAUAACCAAAUCUACCCCAGCCCUACCCCCCAUUCCCACCCCAUGAUCUACUUGCAACAGAAACAGUAUUAAAAUGCAUGAACUUCAAAAGGGCUUGAUUUCAUGAAAAAAACAGGAAUGUGCGCACUGAGGAAACGUCAUUUUAAAACUCACGAUAAAGAAACACUGGAGGUUUUGGUUAAAAUCUAAAAACAAAGUAAUGUAGAAUGAAAUUUAAGAAAUAAUAAUAAAAACAGCAGUAAAAGAUACUAAAAUAAGAGCACCAAAAUAGCUCAAUAUAAGACGAUCCUGUCAUUAAUACUAGAAAGGGAUAAAUGCUAAAACACCUAAACAAAGUUAAUGAUUUAGUUAAAAGUAAGAUUUAAUCUGAUUACUACAUAUUUCUUUAGAUUAAGUUGCCUCUGUAUAUAUUUGCAGCUGUUUGGCAGUGUACCAACAGGUCAAACUGAAAAUUCAGAAGCUGAAUUUGAGACAGAGCUGCUAAAAUUUUGAUGGAUUAGAUUACUCUGAUGUUCAUAAUGUUAUAGGUGGUUGGUGUAUGAAGAAAAAAAACAUAAUCCUGACAUGGUUUGAGAUUCUUGUUUCUAAAGGAAGGUUUCUAGCUCCAUCUGCUGGCUGCUGAUCCUGCUUUCACAAAAGAGAGGACUGACCUUGUGUAAUGCAGUCUACAAAAGUCCUGGAUGGAUCAUUUCUUUUCAUUGACAGUCUAAACUGCAGUACCCCUGCAAAUGAACUGAAUUUUCAAUUUUCCAUUCCAUGCAGACUAUAUAAAACUUUGUCCUUGAUUAUUCUUGUUAUUCUCAGAAAGAUGAUCUCACAAGAACGAAGUGAAAAAGCAAGAGUAUUUGUUUAUCCCAUUUAGCCAACAAAGCAGAAUGAUCCUUGUACCUGUUAGAAGGACUGAUUUUGUUCAUUAUCUUUUUAUUUCUCUUUAAAACUAGGAUUCAAUUUAGACCUAAACUUGUGUGUAAUUCAGUGUUUUAUGUCCAUCUUAAUGUCUUAUUGAUGUUCAAGCUGCUCCACAAAAAUUCCCUCUAAAGGACUAAAUAAUACAGAGUUUAACUGAAUUAAAUAACUAGCAAAGACAAGGCAACCUAAAUCUGGUGUCAAAAGGACCAGCUCUACAUCUUAUACCAGGUGCUUUAUUGAGGUUAAAGCAGAACUAUCUUGCCUUUUGUGAAAAUCAUUGUAAGUCUGUAUCACACAUGUGUUCAUGUUGUGUAGGGAGAAGAGGAUCGACCAGGAAGCCAGGAUGAAACCCGGCUGCAGUAUGGAUAAAGUCUGGAUCGAAAUCCGUAACCCGACAGAGAACGAUAAAGGCAAAUACACUUUAGAAAUGUUCGAUGGUAAAGACACACACAAACGAUGUCUCGACCUGUCCGCACAAGGUGAGUGGAUCUAAGAUGUGUUAUUUACAGAAGUUCAAAUCCAGAUAUAAGAUUAUUUUCAUCUAAAGUGUCAUUUUUAUCACUGUUUUAAUAACAGCCCUUGCUGACGCCAUACUGGAGUACCAGAGACUGAAGUAAGUGACAUUAGAAACAGUAGAUGAUCUGUGGUUUGCUGUUAAACUCAAGUCAAAGCAGAAAAGUUAAAGGAAACGGAUGAUUAGUAGGAGACUGUUCUCUGGAAGCAUCCCAGCUCAGUCUGGUGUGUCUUUACCCGAGGAGUGUCACAUUGAUUUGACCCUUUGUUUCCCUCCCUCAGGCAGGCGGCCAUUGCUGAGAAAAGUGAGUCAGAGGUUAUGUGUUAGUGCGAUCGCAACAAAGUUUACAGGGUUGUAACAGUGGGUGUCAGCGUGGAGUUAUUCUUGUGUGGUUUCUUUUAGAUCGGGCUAAAGUGACCAAAGGUCUUCCUGAUGUUGUGGCCAUCAUGGAGGGCAAGGUAGGGCAUCACUAAUUAGUCGAUUUCUCUUAUAGUCUCGUGAUGUUGUCAUUUUCAAGACCUCUUCCUCAUCCUUUCUUCAGACUCUGUGUCUGACCUGCUUCAUCGACGGUGAUCCAGCUCCAGAGAUCUGCUGGCUGAGGAACGACAGGGAGAUCGUUGACGAGGCCCAGUUUACCAUCACCAAGGAGCCCAAGUGCAGCACCAUCACCGUGCACAAAGUCACCAUGGAAGAUUCUGGAAAGUACAGCAUCUAUGUGCGAAACAAGUUCGGUUCUGAGACUGUCGACGUGACUUUGAGUGUUUACAAGCUCGGGGAGAAGCCUCCUGCAAACGCUGUGGAGUUGUGUUAA